GUUCUUCUAAUAACAGCAGGUGCACCUACAGGUAAGGAGACAUAGCUUGCAAAGGUAGGGACUUUCUCUUAAAUGGAGUCACCACAACUACAAAAUGUCUUUUAGGACACUUUCUACAAAGCUAACAACUGCUGAUCCCUCUUAUUGCAGGAAGCAGUAAAUAUAUUUAUUUGUCUUGAUAUUAUACUUGCUAGUCCCUUCCUCUUUAAUUCCUCAUGUAUAAAAGAAAUCUGAGUUUUUGCUCCUGUUUUGCAGCACUGUGCAGAUUAACGUGUAAGCUUUGGGCAGUCGGAGAACUUUAUUGGGUACACUACACUGGGGAUGUACUGUAAAUGUUUAAUUUGGAAGAAUGACCAACUCUGCACAUGCAUUUAGAUAAGAUAUCGAGUUUGCCUGGUCCUUUCAUAAAUAUGAACAGUAGGCAGGAGUUUAGCUUUCAAAAUAUACAUAGUUUCUAAUCCACACUGACUUGCCUUGUUUUCUGAUUCGUAGUCAUCAAUUCAGUGAUCCUUGAUCUUGUUAAAUACAAAGUAUUUUUGCAUUCCUUUACAGCAGGCUUCCCCAAACUCCAGCCCUCCAGAUAUUUCUGAACUACAACUCCCAUGAUUCUAUGAAUUAAAUAGAUAGGCUGAGAACCAUGGGAGUUGUAGUUCAGCAACAUCUGGAGGGCCGGAGUUUGGUGGUAAGUAUAUUCAUCUACCACCUCUACUGAUAUGCAACUCCACUAAUCUACUACACAUGUAAUAAUAUAGUACUUUACAGUGUUGGUCACAGUGCAUCCUGCUCUAUCACAGCCAGUACUAUUGGUAUAUAAUAUUUCUGCCAGUGAAUAUAAAGUGCAGUUUAUUUUUGGGAUUAAGCCAUAAUAUGUAUCAUGGCCAGCCAUUGGCAUGUGUUUAUAUUUGAACAGAUUGUAAACUUUUUGAGUCAAGGCUUUUAUUUUUUAUACCUUAUAUGAAAACCAUUAAUUGUGCUGUGGAAAGUUUACACUGUUAGACAUUGUGUUUUAUUGGCUGUAAAGCUGUUGAAUGUUAGAACGCUUUGUUUUUUUUUGUUUUAUUAAACCCCAUGACACUUAAAUCCGAUUAGUGACCCAGGUCCAUAAUCUGUUUGUAUGACUCCCUUACUGUUAACGGAGGAAUUAAGAUCAAGUCACUUGUCUCUGUGAACGUGCUUGCUUUGCUGCCAAGUAGAUUCUAUAAUCCAGAAUAUUUGCAUGUUGCAUUGUAUACUGCUGUUUAGUACUUACGUACACACCUAUAUACUGAUAAAGAAUAAGUCUGAGAUUGCACUGUUAUUAUAGGUCUAUUACUUGUAACGGCGAAAUGAGGCACCUCAAAUAUGCCCACGUUACAUUUUAAGUGAUGCAUCGCCAGCCAUCACCAACCACUCUGUACUGUAACAUGCCCUGUUAAUGAAUAGGUUGCUGCUAUGUACAGUGAUAUGGUAUAUUGACGACGCAUCACAGGAUCUGUACACGAACUCCUGAGUUCCACCAGUUGACCCUGUAAGUGAAUGUUGUCAUGUUUGCUGUGAUACCCUAAUUUCAGGACUGCUAGAUUCCCCAGCAAAGAAUAGGCCAGUUCAAUACAAAAUUAUACAGAAAGAAAGAUAUAAAGGUGGAUAACCAGACCUUAGAGUGGCACGACUUAAUGCUACAGAGAAAAAUCAAGUCUAGAGCAAACCAAGUCUCAGAACUAUGGAGGUAUAGAAAUACGAGAUACAAGAGGUCAAUAUUGUCAUCAAAAUAAAGCCAAGGUCGAAACUGGAAAAACACUAGGAAAAAUAGAUAACACACUUAGAAGUGCGAGAACCAUGAAAGAGCAGAGACAAAAGUUUUCAGAUGGUUUCAGAUGGUGUAAAUUACAUAAUCAAUCCGUGUAACUUCUGCAAGGCCAAAAUGUGUGUAUGUAUAAAUGCGUAUUUAACGCAUAAUUAGAUAUUGAUAUGAAUAUUAAAGAGGAUUGGUCAUCAAUAAAAGAUGUUAAUCUACAAUUCCCGGUGUCAGUGUGACUUCGGAGACCCCCGAUAAUGGUACAGGGGUGUGACUAGGAUCUGCCGCUACUCUUACACUUAACGAACUUACUUGCAUAUUCCCAACUAAAUGUUGAUGAGCUUAAAGGAUCUGUGAACUAUUCUCCAUAUAGUAAAUAUGAGUUGAUUCUCUAAAUCGGGAAAUAAUGAGAAUUGACAAGGAAAUUGUACAAUUUAUGCUACAUGGUUAAACUGUAAGAAAUAGUUUCCAAUUUUGAAAACAUUGAUCUAAAAUGUGCAUAUCUCUUAUUAGUUUUACACAGUUUACACUUUAGUCAAUAGCCUUGCAAUCUGCUAGGGUUAUUUACUUAAAUGAGAAUUCAAGUUGAAUUUCAAAUUUAAGAUCAAAACAGCUCAACUAAAAAAAAAUCUCUGAAUCCGUCAUGCUUAUAGUUUGACUACUCUAGCCUUAAAUUUGAAAUUCACUUUGAAUUAAUUUUGAAUUCUCACUGUAGUGUAGGUUCUUAGUACAUUCAGUGUGGUCCACCAGAAUUCAAGCAUUAUCCAAUUCUCCCCUGGCAGAAAUGCCAAAUAUAACCUCAACUAUUGAUAGUCAUUAAGGACUAGUUAAGGACUGGUUUGAGAGUUACUCCUUGCUUAAUUAUGGUCAACUAAUAUAUCACUAAAUAUAAAGAAACUGAAUAUAUCUUAAAAAAAGAACCAGGUGACUCAUCAUCCAAAAACCUUGCUAUAUAACCUUGUACAAGUGCCAUUAUUUUGGAAAGGGAGCUUAUUUAACCAUAUCCUUCUGGGAACCGAGGGAAAAAAAAUGCUUCUUUUUGAUGAAAAGGUAGAGGAAGUUCCCAGCAUCCCAGCCUAUCACAUGACAUAUCACUGGGAAGCCCAGGAUGUCCUCUUUACAGUGCAGCUGGGAUUGAUAGAGUAGCUCAAAAGAAUAAAAGGAGAUGCAUGUGAACGAAAUGCCCAGUACAGAGGACACAAGUUAAUGGGCUGGAUCUCAGGAGGAUAUUGAACUUAUCAAUACAUUUGAAUGUUCCCAAUACAUCUUCCGGCAAAGGAUCUUUGGUUCUUGACCUGUUUUGUUCUUGUGGUCAUACAGUUCAUUAGUGGUUCUUCUCUCGAUGAUCUCUUAUGGGGGAUAUACACAACAUUGUGUGCAGAGUUCUUAAGAAAAUUGCAAACUAUGAGACAAAAUAGCUGAUCAUAAAAAAAUCUCCAUCUCAGAGCCUUUUACCAAAAUCUUCCAGUUCCUACGUCGACUCUCCCCAGUUGCUGAUUAAGCGAAUAAAACCUAUGUGUGUAUCAUGAUAGCUUGUCUGUAAUAUAAAAUAAGGAGACUGCCUUUACACUGCAGAGUUUCCCUAGUCUGGAAUCCUAAGUGGCGUCAUGCAAAUACAGUCAAAUGUACACAAAGCACGGUGAACCGAAAUCUCAUUCCUUCCUGCCAGUAGGUAAAUUAGAAUCAUAUUAAUUGGAAUAUUCAAACAACUGAACCGAUUGGUGUAGAGCAUACAUACCAUAGUUUGUUUUACUAAACAGUGAAUUUGGGUGAGUAAAAAACUGAAUAUAAAAUGCAGACUGACACAGAUAUCUAUAAAAUCUCUCCCAUUUAUCAAUUUCUGCAUAUUUGUUAACUUAUUAAUUUGUUUAUUUUUGGCCUAUGUUUUGUAGUUUGGUUUUCAGUUGAUAACUUGCCACAUUUAAAGGGACCCAUCCACAGCUCCCCCCAUCAAUUUGUUCAUUGGGGUUAUAUCUUGGAUUUAAACAACCAGGAAGCAACAGAAGCAUUUGUCUGAUUUACAGCCAGGAGGGUGUAACAAGGUUAAAUUUAUAGAAGUGCCAAUUUCUGGGGCCACACUCUUCACAUAUAAAGCUUUUUCAGCAAACUCAUCAGAAAUUGGUAUUUUAUAUUGCGUAUUUGCUGCCGGAUAUAUUGUAUAAUGUUAUCAUAUCCCCUCUGAGGCGACGUUUUUCUAAACUAAAGAGGUUUACAUUCGUUAACCUAAUUAAUUUUGUAGCCUGCCUCUGCACUUUUUCUAGUACCAUAAUAUCCUUCUUUAUGGGUGCCCACAAUUGCACAGCAUAUUCAAGAUGUGGUCUAACCAGUGAUUUAUAAAGAGGCAAAAUUAUAUUCUCAUCCCGAGAAUGAAUUCCCUUUUUCAUGCAUGACAAUUCCUUACUGGCCUUAGCCACUGCUGAUUGACAGCACAUUGUUGCAUAGUUAUGGUUAUGAUGCCAUUAGGCUGCAGUGCCAUACCCCAAUUCUGCAUAAAAUUGUUUUCAACUAGUUUAAUAAAAACUGAUGGUACCCGAAUCAUCUGUGACCCGCCUCCUGCCGUCAUUUGUAAAGAAAUGCUGUAUAACAUUGUGCAUUCAGGAAUUCUUUUAGAAGUCUGGUACGUGUGCAUGGCAUUACAAAGGUUAAUAUAAUUGAUACGCAAUGCCUGUGGCCAGACAGGCUGGGUAUCAGAAUUAAAAAAAUUAAAACUACUGAGAAUUUUAAGAAUUAAAUAUCACAACCUACAGGUAGCUUUUAAUUUGCUAUUUUUAUUUGCAAAAAUCUCACCAGCGUUAGUUUUACUUUAAUAAUGUUUAAUAAUCCAUUCACUUUAUAUGAGCUGUCCGAGAGUUGUCCCAAUCUGUUUUUAAUCAACCCUACAAGACUAACUAGUAUGUGGUACCAAAAAGUGUCUUAACUUUACAUAAAGCGAUGUCAUGUUGUACUAAAUCGUGAAUUCCUAACCCUAGAGAGCUAUACUAACUGAUAUAUUCCUCACUCUACUUGUGCAGUCAGGGAGUUAUACCUAAUCAGGAAUUCUCAGCCCCACAGGAGCUGCAAACGUGUCAUACCAAAAUGUCUUGAUUGUUUAUGUUUAUGGCCUCACUCCAUAUGUGUCACGGGCGGGCCGCAACUGACUGUAGGGCUCUACAUCCCCCGCCUGAGCUGCCACCGUACCCACCCGGGUCCGAGACAUGGGCACUAACUACCUAAGAUAGAGGGGGACCACAGCGGGGGUACAAAAUGGACGGGGGGAGACGGCCUUCAUGAGAAACACAGAAGGGGGAGCGGGGGAGAUAGACAGGACACCAGUGGGUGACAAACAGGUACCAGACACACGACCAGGCACUACAUCCAACAAAGGAUCCGGGGGACCUCUCAACCCAUUAAUAUAACUGCAAGGGGACAGUCCACGGACAUGCCCCACCAAUUAACAGCGGGGGAGGCAUUGAGAGACAUCUGGGUGACCCGAAUACAAAAGAGACGAAAAGAGACUGAAGGAGAGGAGAAAGUGAAGAAGGGCAAGGGUUAGGAGGCACAUGUACCACACUAUAGAACAGGAGAGACACCCACGACUGAGGAGAAAAGAAAUAGGGGACCUCACGUGGACACAUAAGGGGACCCACACAGUAACCUAAUGGCCUAACCACAGGGGACCCAUCUGCUCAGACGCAAUUGACUAUUGUAUGCCACUAAAGUAUAACGAUGCUUGCUUCUUAUGUUUGUAUUAUACCUUUAUAUGUUUGCUUUAUAUCUUUUUGAACUGGAAAUUGUAUACUCACCACAACCCGUGGAAAUCUUCCACAACAUAAAAAAAAAAAAAAAAAAGUUUAAUAAUAACAUUUAUACUGUACGUGAGAUGUCCAAAACUGUACCAAGGCCAUUCUGACAAACACAGAAACGGUGGAAGAGCACUAUACUUAGUGUCACUGUAAGAUCCAAACAAAAAGAUAUCAUUUAAUAUAGUAAGCCUAUAUAAAUUUGCAUAGGAAUUUGAGAGACUGUCUGUGCUGUCGGUGCUGAUUUGCAUGUCAUUUAGGGAAAGUGCAGACUUCUGAUAAGACUACUGAUAAGUAGAUUCUAUACAGCAGUAUAUUUCGGAAUCAGAGAAUCAGAGAGAGCCUGGGCCGUUGUAACAGCUGUGCUUUGUUUGCUAAAUGUUAUCAGCUUACAUUGGGAUGCAUGUGAUUAAAAUUUUGAGGUUUUGCUGAAUUUUGUUCACCUUCUUUAAGAAAGAAAUAUUUUCUGGUGUCUUUGUUGUAGAAACCCACUUAAUAUUUUGGAUUGAUAUCAGUAUGAUGUUUGACAUAAAUUUUAAAGGGACACUCAUAAGUUAUUGUUGUGCUUAUGGUGCUACAGAGGCAGGUGUUCCCAAGGCACCUGUAAGCUCCAGUGCUAAUUCAAAAACAGAGUGGUCAGUUAUCCUAGACUCCAAGUACUUCAGAUACUAUAAGUCCUUUUUUUGUUACUUAAAUAGAGUGCUGUGAGACUCUGGAUCCGAAUGUUCUUGGGCUUUGUAUUUUUUUUUCUUGCUUCAAAGAAAGUCACCAGAAAGUAAAUAAACGUAUGUACCUUGCAGGACUAAAUCUAGAUAUUUAUGCCUGUCUAAUAGAGGAUUUAGAGUUAGAUGUGCUUGUCCUAACCUGGCUGUCUGAUUGACAAGCUGACAUAUCCCAAUGUGCUUGUGUGCCAGGCUGGUACUGCCAUUAUAUGUUAAGAACUCCUGGGACUUGGCAGCUCCAAUAAUCGUGUGAAUUUUGCCACUGACACAUGCUUUUUCAGGUGUACCUCUUUAAAUCACACCUGCCUCUGAGAAACAAAUUCCCAAACUACCCCCUCUCCCCUAAUCCCUCUACUGGACUCCAUGUCUCACUGUUAUUUAAUUUUAAUUUAUUCUUUAAUAUUCAACUUUAAUUUCUGUCAUAUGCCUCCUUAUCCACUUGUGUACCUCUUCAGUAUCCGACCAUGCCCCCCCUUCCUUUAACUAUGUACCUCUCUCUAUAUUCCCCACAACUUCUGCCACCUGUGGUCCUCUCUACAUAUUCUCCCCUCUUGUGUCACUCUCCAUUUAUCUUCCCCACGUGUGUCCCUCUCUCUAUACCACCCAAGGUGCCCCUUUCCCCAUGUUGUCCCCCGUUCCCCUCACGUGUACUUCUCCCAAACUCUUACCACUUCCUGUCUAUCUUGACUUGUGCAUUAGGAGAAAGUGGGUCACUGGGCUCUGCUAGGGAUAACGUGUACGUUUCUUGCAGGGCCCUGUGUGGAGACAAUCAUCAUAUCUCAGAUCCCACUUUGAUUAUUGGAUGUAGAUAGCGCUCACUGGGAGUCAAAGCCCCCUUUUAAAGUAGGAUUCCCUUUCUUGUAAUGUUCCACUCACUCCCACCAGAAAAUUAGGUCUCUUCCUGGUAUCCAACAGCCAUUACGUGAAAGAUGACCCUUUGUUGGUUAGCCGCGAGGGAUUUUAACAUACCUUGUGUCAUACUGUUCUAUUAUUUGACUUGACAGGUAUGAGUGCCCCUGGCUGCAUGAUUCUUCCGACACUGUGAAUGUGCCUACCUCCUGUCCUGCCCUGACCUAUGCAAUAGUCACAGCAGCUCAGACUCACUAAACACCAAACUGUAAUGAAUUGAAAACCAAAUGUCAAAAUUCAGGCUCAAAUAGCCAAGUUAUAACCCUAGCUGAAUUGAAGAAUGCUUUAAAAUUUCCUGUUUUGGUCUAUAUUUUUCAAUUCAGAGUACAGUUGACUGUUGUUUUGGGGGGAUUGCCUUUAGAUUCUAAAGACCCGGAUAUGUGUUGUUGUUUUUUUAAGGUGAAUAUCUCUAAUUGACAGGAAGGAUACUAGCGUUUUUUAUCAUUUAGUACUAGACGAAGUCUAAUUGAAGCAACACAAGCUUCAAAACAAUUUAGCCAGCCACACUACUAGAGUCAUGAGUAGCAGGGCUUACAGGAGACACAGAGAUAGGCAAAAGGAAAUUUAGGGAGAUAGGGAAGGAGACAUAAAUGUUUUAUAGGAGCUGGGGAGAGAGACACAAAGAUUGUUAGGGAGAUGGAGAGCGAAACAUACAGGGUGCAGAGAAAAGAGGGUAAUGAAAAAACAGGAUUGGGAUGAGGGAUAUAGGACUGCAGGGGUUUAAGGAUGGUAUUGAGGAGGGGUUAUCAACUUUUGAUAUCGGAUAAAGUCCCUGAAGAUUUUAGAACUUAGCAAUACAACUUAGCAAUGUCCAGUGUAUAAACCCUAUUUGAAAUAAAUAAAUAAGUAAUUACAGAAAUUUAAAAGAUAAAAAUCCAAAUACCAGAAAUGUUAGCGGAGGUGCCGUCUAGUUUUGCACCCAGGGGAAUGUCUUAUCUGUAUCUCAGUCUCCAAAGGCAUGUGUCUGAAAUAUACACAAGAUAUUUGCACGUGCCAUAAGCUUAGUGAAACUCAUUCGACAUCUCCCACAAAUUAACGAGAAAGGUACCCACAGUGUGAAAGAGAUACUCUAAGCACCAUAACUGAAACUGCCGCUCCUUAUAGUGAAUGUGGAGCCAGGAGUCCCCUGACACACCCUAAAGUAAUUAAGUUAUUUACGUUUAAACGGCCCACAAUCCUUCAGCCCUGGACAGCUAUGCUGAAGCGGAAAUUCAUACUUUAACAUUAGCAUUCAAACUAUUUUCGGCUUUGGAUAAUUAUUAUGGUAUGCCAAAUCGCUUUCAGUCAACAGAGCCAGGUAAGUGUCAAACCGUCUGUAAUCAGUUUGACAACUUACCCUGGGGACAACAUAAGGGAACCAUAACCACUGUAGCAAAAUGUAGUAGUUAUGAUACUUACAAUGUACCUUUAAAGUAAAAUUGUAUACAAAUAGUAAGUGUGGCUUAUUACUCUUUUGUGUUUAUUCACAAAACCUGGAAUUGUGUGUGUGUUAAAAUAUCUGAAUGUUUUAGGCCAACCUUGUGGCUUUACGAUCGUAUUAAAAAAUGUAAAAAUAAGCAGUUUCUUUCAACCCCCUACUACUUUGGCCAACAUUAUAGAUUUCCAUUAUAUAUAUCACUACAAUAGCCUAUGGUCUCCAUGAGAUUCUAAUACACAUUAUUUCAUAACGUAACAAUGUAAAUACCUUCAUAAUGGAAAACAUGGUAUAUUCUGUUAGCAGUUCUGGCUUGUUAACGGCUGGGUAAUGCCACAUGUUUUAACACUUUCCAAAGCUCUGUUUGCCUAUGUCUUGUUGUCCAAAUACAAACAGUGACACUGCAGGCUGACAAAGCAGUAGGGCCAUAUUAACGCUUCCACUACCACAAUGGCCUUAGCAGCACUGCUAUGCUACCUCUGUAACGUUUGUGAAGAUAUGUUUUUUUUUUGUAAGAGUGCAUGGAGCAGAACUAACUAACUUAAGGUUCUAUGGCUUUUAAAAGACUGCAUCUCCCAUCGCCUAAUGUCUUACUGUUAUUGGGUCAUAGAUUAUUCAUUUUAGACUCCCACAAACUGAAAGGGACACUCCAAUAUGGGGUUUGAGGCUUUUGAAUCAGUAUAUGGAUUAUGCAUUAAAGGAACACUCCGAAAACCAAAACAAUUUCAUCUCAAUGUGUGUCCGGAGGGCACUGCGUGCCGACUUACUUAAAGGGUUAAACCGUUUACGAACUGUUUAACCACAAAUUAAUCGAGAUGGUGCCCGUCCUCUCUACCUAUCUUCCUCGACCUCUGUCCCUGGCUUCAGUGUGGAAACCUUGGACUGGGCACCGGUGAUUGGUUGAACCGUUUGAUUUAAGAUGGUACCCAGCACCUCCAAGCUCUAUAACAACUUAAUUGAGAUGAAGUUGUUAUGGUGCACAGAGUGUUGCUUGUACUUGACUGUAUAGAACAUUUUCAUUUGUACAGUUGUCUUUUCAUAUUUUUCCCUAGAUGAAGCAGAUGUCAAUUUUAGUCAGAUAACAACAAUUGUGCCGUUUAGCAUGGAAACCAGAUAGUAAAUACAGCUUAGCGGCUCCUUCUUUCUCUACGGGAACAGUUAAUUACUAUUCAUUAAACUUUAAAUUAUAUAGAAGGGAAGAUGCUGGUAUUCAUUAACGCUAGUGACAUAUUACCUUUUGGCACCCGAACUUAGCAGUCGGCACUCACCAACGUCUGACGGUACAGCAAUAGCACAUGGCAAUAAUUCCAGUGAAAAGCCAUCUAAUGUUUUAGCUCUACUUCGUCCUAUGUCAAGUGUGAGGGAAUACCCCAUCACUUGUUCAUAUGUAUAAGUACCCCCUGUUCGGUUCCCUAACGGAUAUUCGUGCCCCCCUUUUUUGUACUCCUGAGCUCCAGACCACCCCUUGGCUUCAGAGAAGAUUGUUAACUCAAGUGCUCUUCUUGUUUGCCGAACACUGGCAGCGGUACACUACAACUCGCGAAUGAACCUGGUAAACCUGUACAGACAAGCCAGGAGAGAGUUCUUUAGGGGAAAAUAUUUGGUGACAUAAUAGGAUCAUUCGCUACCUAAGAGCCAGGGGGGACAUUCGGUUGUUUUCGCGCAGGAGCUUUCACAUUUUACAAAUUAAUAAAUUAAUUUGCCAAAAGGUAUACGGCUUCCUAUGACAAUGCAUGGAGAAGUAAUGUCUCUUUAUACUCGUACAAAUACUCACCAGGCAUAGUUUUAUCAGAUUUGCUUAGGGCUAACAUGUAGGAUUUUUAAAAUUCUCUGCCAUUUCCAGCUACCAUCAGAUAAAGAUUUACUGUGAAUGAGGAAAGAGUAACAUUUUUAAGUGCAUCAAAGAGUUGGAUGUUUUGCCUAUUUUUGUUUAAAGUGUUUAAUUAUUAUAGUUUCACCUACUUUCUAUCAGUUUUCUUUGAUGCCACUUUUGACUUCUAAUGCUUGAGAUUUAAAGAGUCAAUAAUUCUUGGAAAAUCCAUCUUUCAUUGGUAAAUAAAGGGAAAAAAAAAACCAGAAAGUUACCUAUUGCUAUAUCGAUUGUAAGAAAAUGACUUGUUUGGUUGUUUUUCCUAUUUUUGUCAUUAAAUAAGGAUGACUCUCUUAUCCCUUCUUCCCUUGUAUGUGACUGUAUAUAAACAUUUGUCAUAAACUCAGAAAUGUCAAUAAAACUUUAUGAUCAUUGACAGACAGCUCAUCUUUUGAGGUGUAUGUGAUCUGACCUGCCCAUUAAAACCUGAUACUUACCUCCCAACAAUGCAGAAGAAGGACAUUGGGGUGUGAGUGUGGGCAUGGCUUGGGGUGGGUUUCUUAUGAGAAGUUUUAGGUUACUUUAUAAAAACAGUUUAUGAAAUUAAAAUGCAAUUUAAGGAUCAUGCUACUUUUGGCACCAUCACCUCUGCAAUUAUGUAAAGUAGUGAUGGUGCCUAGUGAUGUAUUAAAUUAUUUUGUUUUGUUUUUAAACAGAAAUAUGGGAGAAUUGACAAAAGAACUGCAAAUUGUAGAACAAAAUAGCAAAGCCAAAAAAUAGUUGUCACUUUAGUGAAUGAAGCACAUUUUUUUUUCUCUCUCAGCACACACUGGGAAAAUUGUGUACUAACUAGUCUAAAUGUAAUUUGGUUUAACAGCUGAUGCUAUAAUCCAGAGGUAGGCAAUAUUUGGCACUCCAGAUAUUGUAGACUACAUUUCCCAUAAUGCUCUUUUAUAAUGCUUGUAAACCACCAGAGAGAUGUAGUCCACAAAAUCUUGUGUGGCAAACAUUGCCUUCCCCUACUAUAAUCAGUAUCCUUAUGUUUUUACUUUAAUGAGUAUUUAAAAAAGAAAAAAAGGAUUAAAAUUGAAAAACAAGGAAACCAGUUAAGCUGGAAGCUGGAAUUUGUAUAAUAACGGCCCCGUUCUUCUUCAUUAGAAAAUUGUUUGAGUCAUGCAAUUCUUCUAAAGAUUAAAGUGGAGAUUUGGCCAAUUGUGAUUAGGUAGAAUUCCGGUAUACAGUACGUUGAAAGGUUACUUGACAACAGGAUUAUACUGGAAACACUAAUCCAGAGAAAGGAAACACUAAGAGAGAAAGGAAAGCAAGAUUAUUUUCUUAAUGUCACAGAGAAAUUACUAUAAACAAUUCAUCUUCCUUCACACUUGAUUAGUGUCCCAUAUUUAAAGGGAUAUCCCCUCCCUGGAUUCCAAAUUCAUCUGUGCUAAGUUUCUACUUCAAGGUCCCUUUCUUUUUGGAACUUGUCAUUUUAAGUAUGUAUGUAUGAGUGUAUUAACCCCUUAAGGACCAAACUUCUAGAAUAAAAGGGAAUCAUGACAUGUCACACAUGGCAUGUGUCCUUAAGGGGUUAUAGAAAUCAUUGUCAAUAAAAUGGAAGAAAUGUUUACGAGCGAGUCACAGAGCUCCUAACCGAAAUGUGUGGAUAAGCUGCAGAAAAUCAUCCCUUAUCUGCCCCAUUUUGUUUUUUUUAAAAAGAAGAUGUUUUUUUUUUUUUUUUGCCAAGUUAUACAUAAGGUAAAAUAUGAACUACAUUUCCUUAUGUAAAAUUAGCGGGUUGGCAAACGUUGACAAAGAUUGGAGUUUUAGUCAACUAUAUGGCCCUUGUCAAUUUAUUUGUUUUGUUUGUGAUUUUAAAACUUUAUUAGCAAUUAAUCAGUUUACAUCUUUUGUAAAAAGGAGUAUCAGGGCAGAUUAAACUAUUUCUGGGCACUGCCGUCUGAGAAAUUUGAAGAUGGAGGUACCUAGAUAGAAGACUUGGAAGGAUCAGACAAUAGUCUAAAAUGGAAAGUUAAGCUGGUCCUAGGGUCCAAAUAUUAUUAUUAUUAUUGCCAUUUAUAUAGCGCCAACGGAUUCCAUAGCGCUUUACAAUAUUUUGAGAGGGGGGGUGUAACAAUAAAUAGGACAAUUACAAGAAAACUUACAGGAACAAUAGGUUGAAGAGGACCCUGCUCAAACGAGCUUACAGACUAUUGGAGGUGGGGUAUUUGAAACAUUAGGACAAUAAAUAUCAAGUAGGAGUGAAGCAGAGCUGGAGGAGAGAGCAAAGCACUGUCCCAUAGGAGAGAGCAGGAGACAGGUAUGUAAGGUAGAGAUUACUCUGGGAGGCCAUAAGCUUUCCUGAAGAGAUGGGUUUUAAGGCCCUUCUUAAAUGAUUGAAGACUAGGGGAGAGUCUGAUGGCAGUAGGCAAGCUAUUCCAUAGGAGAGGAGCCGCCCGCGAGAGGUCCUGCAAGCGCGAGUUGGCCGUACGGGUGCGAGCAGCAGUCAGGAGGUGGUCACGGGCAGAGCGGAGGGUACGUGGAGGGGCAUAUUUAUGGAUCAGUGAAGAGAUAUAAGUGGGGCUAGAACUGUUCAGUGCUUUAAAUGUAUGUGUUAGCACUUUGAAUUGACUCCUAUAGCAUACAAGGAGCCAAUGUAAGGACCGGCAGAGGGGUGAGGUGUGAGAGGACCGACUAGAGAGGAAAAUCAGUCUAGCUGCAGCAUUCAUUACAGACUGUAGCGGGGCAAUACGGCUUUUGGGAAGACCAAUCAGGAGAGGGUUACAGUAAUCCAUGCGGGAAAUUACUAGAGCAUGGACAAGCUCCUUGGUAGCAUCUUGCGUAAGAAAGGGGCGAAUGCGGGCUAUGUUUUUGAGUUGGAACCUACAGGACUUGGCAACAAACUGGAUGUGAGACUCGAAGGUGAGACCAGAGUCAAGUAUGACGCCAAGACAGCGCGCUUGCAGGGAUGGACUUAUGUGGAUAUCACUGACUUGAAGGGAGAGCGAGAGAGGAGGAUCAGUAUUAGGAGGAGGAAAGACAAGGAGUUCAGUUUUAGAGAGGUUAAGUUUCAGAAAGCGUGAAGACAUCCAGUCAGAGAUGGAAGAAAGGCAAGCAGUGACACGUUGCAGGACAGCAGGGGAGAGGUCCGGGGAGGAGAGGUAUAUCUGAGUGUCAUCAGCGUACAGGUGGUAGUGGAAUCCAAAAGAGGCAAUCAGUUUACCAAGAGAGGUGGUAUAAAGAGAAAAUAGAAGGGGACCAAGGACAGACCCUUGGGGAACUCCAACCGAGACAGGACGAGUGGAGGAGGUAUCCUUGGAAAAGGAGACACUGAAUGAGCGUUGGGAGAUAGGAGGAAAACCAAGAGAGGACCGAGUCACAGAGACCGAGCGAUUGAAGAGUUUGAAGGAGGAGAGCAUGAUCAACGGUGUCAAAGGCAGCAGAGAGGUCAAGGAGAAUUAAUAUGGAGUAAUGACCUUUGGAUUUAGCGGAGAUUAGGUCAUUAGUCACUUUGAUAAGAGCAGUCUCAGUAGAGUGGAGAGGGCGGAAGCCAGACUGAAGAGGGUCAAGGAGAGAGUUGGAAUUAAGGAAGCGGGACACACGGGUAAAGACAAGCCUUUCCAAAAGCUUUGAUGAGAAAGGGAGCAGGGAUAUGGGACGAUAGUUAGAAGGGGAGGAUGGGUCAAGAGAUGGUUUUUUCAGGAUAGGUAUUACAGUGGCAUGUUUAAGGUCAGCAGGAACAGUGCCAGAAGAGAGAGAGCAGUUAAAGAUGUGUGUUAGGGUAGGCACAAGACAAGGGGAGAGAGAUCUGAUGAGGUGAGAUGGGACAGGAUCGAGCGGGCAAGUGGUGGGGCGAGAGGAAUGGAGAAGCGCAGCCACCUCUUGUUCAGUAGCCGGGUAGAAAGUCUGGAGGGUAGGGAAAGCAAGAUUUACAUGUGGUUGAGAAAGAGAACGGCAAGGAGGGGAGAAUUGUUUCCUUAGCUGUUCAAUCUUGUCGGUAAAGUAGCAUGCAAAGCUAUCAGCUGUAAGGUUAGUUUGGGGGGUGGCCACAGCAGGGCGGAGAAGGGAAUUAAAGGUGUCAAAGAGGCGUCUGGGAUUGCGGGAGCAUGAACUAAUGAGAGAGGAAAAGUAUGACUGUUUGGCGAGGGCGAGGGCUGCGCUGUAUGAAAGCAACAUGAAUCUAUAAUGGAGAAAGUCUGCCUGGGUGCGGGACUUCCUCCAGGAGCGUUCAGCACAACGGGAGCAACUCUGCAGAUAGUGUGUUGAUUUAUUAUGCCAAGGUUGGGGUCGUGUUCUCCUCGAGGUGCAUGUUUUGAGCGGGGCUGCAGCGUUCAAGGCAGAUGUGAGGGUAGUGUUAUAUGUAGAGAUGGCCAGUGAGGGACAGGAGAGGGAAGGGAUGGAUAGCAGUUGUGAAUCAAUGUCAGCUGACAGCUGCUUGAGGUCAAUAGAGUUAAGGUUCCUCCUGAGCUGAGGGGGGUUAGGCUGAGAUUGUUGGGUGAGGGGGUAAUUGAGAGCAAAUGAUAAGAGGUGGUGAUCAGAGAGAGGAAAUGGGGUGUUGCAGAUAUUAGAUAUUGUACAUGAAGAAGAGAAAAUAAGGUCGAGGGUAUUGCCAGCUACAUGAGUGGGAGAAUUAGCCCACUGCAAAAGUCCAAGGGAGGAAGUGAUAGAAAGUAGUUUAGAGGCUGCUGGGGUCAAAGGUGGGUUAACGGGAAUAUUGAAGUCUCCAAGAAUUAGGGAUGGGAUGUUGGAAGAGAGGAAGUAGGGUAGCCAGGCAGCAAAGUGGUCAAGGAAGAGGAGAGGGGAACCAGGGGGACGAUAGAUUACGGCAAUGUUAGCAGAGAAGGGUUUGAAAAGGCGAAUUGAAUGAAUUUCAAAUGAUGGGAAAGAGAGGGAAGGGGGGGUAGACAGGGUUUUAAAGGUGCAGUGGGGUGAGAGAAGAAAACCUACACCGCCACCUUUAAUCUCUGCUUGUCUUGGGUUGUGGGUAAAGUGAAGACCACCAAAAGACAGUGAGGCAGGUGUAGCAGUAUCAGAGGGAGAGAGCCAUGUUUCUGUUAGUGCAAGUAUGUUUAGGGAGUGUGAGAUAAAUAGGUCAUGGAUGGAAGUAGAUUUAAAGGUGCUGCACACAGAGCGUGCAUUCCAGAGGGUUGAGGGUCAUUAGAUGGUACGGAGGAACAGAUCUCUCCGUUCUAAGCCGAGUGAUCCAUAAAAUGAAAGAGCCCCUUUAAUUUGUGUAAUGAUAACAUGUGCACGUCAAUGUAGUGCAAGUAGUAAAAUGCACAGAAUUUGUUUUUUUUCUGUGCUUUUUUACAUUUCCACAGGGAUGGUGUGGACUUUACUUGCUAUUUAUAGAGUUGGUAGAAAAGGUCUUACAAUUACAUGUCAUUCAGGACUCCAUGUCCUGCUUUGAGAUAUUCUUUGAAAGAUGUGUACAUGAUUUUUGCAUAAAAAUGCAUGGAUUUUGCUCACUGCGGUAAUGUAGUACUGUUGCUAUGCAUUUUGCAGAGUGGCUGCGAUAUAUAGUGUAGAACGAAGAGGUCACUAUGAGCAUAUUGGGUCCUGUGGCAAAUGGAGCAAGGCUCUACAACGCAGGGCAGUGAAUAUAAUCAGACAGCUAUGAAUUGUAUGAAAUUGUACUUGCAGGACACAAUGGUAUAAAAAAUGAGUUCUCUGACAAAUGUUCUGAAUGAUAGGAGAUUGUGGUGAGCUUUAUGCUACCUUUGUUUGCUGUUUUGUAACAACGAAAAGUGUGUGUAAGAAACUGUGAUUGCAGUUUUGGUGGAAAUAGAGCAGCACAGAAAAACAACUGACUCUAAAUACCAUUACAUUUUCUGAGCAAGCAACUUUUGUGUGCUCCAUGCUGUUAGUAAAUUGCCCUGUUAUUAUCUAUCCAAAGGAUUGAGUCUUCAUAAAUAUGUCACCCACAUCUAACUGAUUUCUACAUUCUGAUUGGUUAACCAUGCACAAGGUUUAGAAAAAAAACUCCCAGUGUUUCGUUCUGAGAGACUUUGUGUAAUAAUUGAGAACAAUAACCAACGUAACACAGACCAUGAUUAUUAUUAAUAUCGCCAUUAAUAUAGCGUCAACAGAUUCCAUAGCGCUUUACAAUAUUAUGAGAGGGGGGGAUUUAACCAUAAAUAGGACAAUUACAAGAAAACUUACAGGAACGAUAGGUUGAAGAGGACCCUGCUCAAACGAGCUUACAGUCUAUAGGAGGGGGGUAUAAAACACAUUAGGACAGGAAAUAGCAAUCAAAUUAGGUGGGAGUGAGAGUAAAGUGCUGCCCUUUAGGAGAGAGCAAGAGACAGGCAUGUGAGGUAGAGGUUACUCUGGGAGGCCAUAAGCUUUCCUAAAGAGAUGGGUUUUAAGGCACUACUUAAACAGUUGAAGACAAGGGGAGAGUCUGAUGGCGGUAGGAAGGCUAUUCCACAGGAAGGGAGCCACCUGUGAGAAGUCCUGCAAGCGUGAGUUCGCUGUACGGGUGUGAGCAGCAGACAAGAGAAGGUCACGGGCAGAGCAGAGAGACUGAGAACGGGCAUACCUAUGGACCUGUGAAGAGAUAUAAGAGGGGCUAGAAUUGUUCAGUGCUUUAUAGGUAUGGGCUAGCACUUUGAAUUGACUCCUAUUGGAUACAGGAAGACAAUAUAAGGACUGACAGAGGUGUGAGGUGUGAGACGACCUACUACAGAGGAAAAUCAGUCUUGCGGCAGCAUUCAUUACAGACUGUAGCGGGGCAAUACGGCUUUUGGGAAGACCAAUUAGGAGAGGGUUACAAUAAUCCAUGCAGGAAAUUACUAGAGCAUGGACAAGCUCCUUGGUAGCAUCUUGCGUAAGAAAAGGGUGGAUGCAACAUACUGGAUGUGAAGCUCAAAGGUGAGGCCAGAAUCAAGUAUGACGCCAAGACAGAGCACUUGCAAGGAUGGACUUAUGUGGUUACCACUAACUUGAAGGGAGAGCCAAAGAGGAGGAUUAGUAUUAGGAGGAGGAAAGAUAAGGAGCUCAGUUUUAGAGAGAUUGAGUUUCAGAAAGUGGGAGGACAUCCAGUCAGAAGUGGAAGAAAGGCAAGCAGUGACAUGUUGCAGGAUGGCAGAGGAGAGGGCCAGGGAGGAGAGAUAUAUCUGGGUGUCAUCAGCAUACAGGUGGUAGUGGAACCCAAAUGAGGUAAUAAGUUUGCCAAGAGAGGCAGUAUAAAGAGAAAUAGAAGGGGACCAAGGACAGAGCCUUGGAAGACUCCAACCGAGACAGGACGAGGGGAGGAGGUAUCAUUAGAAAAGGAGACACUGAAUGAGCGUUGGGAGAGAUAAGAGGAAAACCACAAGAGGACAGAGUCACAGAGACCAUGUGAUUGAAGAGUUUGAAGAAGGAGAGCAUGAUCAAUGGUGUCAAAGGCAGCAGAGAGGUCAACAAUAAUUAUUUUGAGUAGUGGCCUUUGGAUUUAGCUGCAAUUAGGUCAUUAGUAACUUUGAUAAGAGCAGUCUCAGUAGAUUGGAGAGGGCGGAAGCCAGAUUGAAGAGGGUCAAGGUGAGAGUUGGAACUGAGGAAGUAAGACAUACGUGAAAGACAAGUCUUUACAGAAGCUUUGAUGAAAAAGGGAGCAUGGAUAUGGGACAAUAGUUAGAGGAGGAGUACGUGUCAAGAGAUGUUUUUUCAGGAAAGGUACUACAGUGGCAUGUUUAAGGUCAGCAGGGACAACGCCAGAAGAGAGAUAGAGCAGUUGAAGAUGUGUGUUAAGGAAGGCACAAGAGAGGGGGAGAGAGAUCUGAUAAGGUGAGAUGGGACAGGAUCGAGCGGGCAAGUGGUGGGGUGAGAGGAAAGGAGAAGCGCAGCCACCUCUCGUGUGGUUUAGAAAAAGAACAGCAAGGUGGGGAGAAUUCUUUCCUUAGCUGUUCAAUCUUGUAGGUAAAGUAGCAUGCAAAGCUAUCGGCUGUAAGGUUAGUUUGGGGGGUGGCCACAGCAGGGCGAAGAAGAGAGUUAAAGGUGUCAAAGAGAUGCCUGGUAUGGCGGGAGCAUGAACUAAUGAGAGUGGAAAGUGCGUGUUUGGAGCUGGAUAGCAGUUGUGAAUCAAUAUCAGCUGACAGUUGCUGGAGGUCAAUAGAAUUAAGGUUCCUCCUGAGUUGAUUGUGGUUAGGCUGAGGUUGUUGGGUGAGAGGGUACUUGAGAGCAAAUGAUAAGAGGUGGUGAUCAAAGAGAGAAAAUGGAGUGUUGCAGAUAUUAGAUACUGUACAUGCAUAAGAGAAAAUGAGGUUGAGGGUAUUGCCAGGUACAUGGGUGGGAGAAUUAGCCCACUGCGAUAACCAGAGGGAGGAAGUAAUUGAAAGUAGUUUAGAGGCUGCUGAGGUCAAAGGUGGGUUAAUGGGAAUAUUGAAGUCCCAGAGAAUUAGGGAUGGAAUAUUAGAAGAGAGGAAGCAGGGUAGCCAGGCAGCAAAGUGGUCAAGGAAGAGGAACCAGGGGAUGAUAAAUAACGGCAAUGUUAGCAGAAAAGGGUUUGAAGGCGAAUCGAAUGAAUUUGAAAUGAUGGGAAAGAGAGAGAAGGGGGUGAGUGAUGGGUAGAGGUUUGAAGGAGCAGUGAGGUGAGAGGAGAAACCCUACACCACUACCUUUACAUUCAGAGUGUCUUGGGUUGUGGGUAAGUUAAAGACCACCAAAGGAUAAAGAUGCAGGAGUAGCAGUGUCAGAGGGGUCAGAGACAUUUUUCUGUUAAAUCUAGUAAAUCUAGGGAACGAGAGAUUAAAAAUGAAACAUUGCAUGCCGCCUAGCAAGUCCUAUGGCUUUAGUGUUGGAGGCAUUUAGUCUUGGAGGCAUUUGCUUUAAAGGAACAUUAUAGUCACCAGAACAACUACAGCUUAAUCGUCAGUCAGCAUUUUAAAGUAAAAGGCAGUGUUUAUAUUGCCCCCUAGGGACACCUCCCAUGGCCACUCCUCGAAUGGCCACAGGAGGUGCUUACUGGGUCAGUGCUGCACAGUGUGUGUAGCACUGCUCUUCACUAGAGACGCUGUACUUUCCUCAUAGAGAUACAUUUAUUCAAUAAAUGAGUAGCUGCUGAUUGGCCAAGCUGGCAUUUGGUAAUGCCCCCAUCCCGCCUCCUUGCUGAUAUGGGAAAGCAUUGGAUAGGCUGAAAUCAUCAAUUCUGAUCAUGUCAACCAAGGAGGAGGAACGGGGACGGGGCCUGCGCCGGCGGGGCCUGCACCUUCAUGCCGUUUAAAAUUAGGUACGUGUUAUUACCUUUUUAGGGUGAAAGGUGGAGCAAGCCACCUAAAUGGUGGUUUUAACACUAUAGGGUCAGGAAUGCAUGUUUGUGUUCCUGACUCUAGAGUGUUCCUUUAAGUCUGUCUACUUUCUGAGCAGAAUGCAUUUUAUAUACUAAAUUACAUUGGAAUUGGAAGAAUUGUUUACCAAGUUAACUUGUAAAUUAAAGAAUGGGUGAACAAGCUAAUGCCAGCAUAAUGUGUAUAUAAUUUAGGUACUUGUCAAAAAAGGUUAAGAACCACUGAUCUAUACUGUGGGACUCUGACGGUCUACUAUUCACCCUGAAACCAGGAGAUUGUAAAAUACGUGGCAUAGAGAGAAAAAUUUGGAUUUUCUUCCACGUCUGUUAAUAAUUCUGAAUGGAAAAGUCUAUUUUAAAACUGUUGUUUGUAUAGUCUUAAAAUGUCUUGUUCCCAAAGGUGUUUUGCAAAUAUUAAAAUACGUCCUAUGUCACAGCAUGAAGAAUCACGGAAAGUUAUUUUGCCACUGUGUGCUUUCUGCCCCUCCUCAUUGGCUGAAUGUGAGUAAAAGCAGGUUGCGUGAGGUCUCACAAUAGCCUUUAAUUUGUUUAGAGUGUUUGUGUUUAGAAUGUUGGCAAACACGUAUCCCUGACAGUGCACAGAUACAUAGCCAUGAUAGACGUGUAUGCAUGUUUAGACCUGGUUCAUGUGUUAUUUUCCAUCCUGCAGGUCAAAUAGGAUGAUGACAUGGCAACUGCUCAAGCACUAUCUCCUUAUUCAAACCUCUGUCCCUAUAUAGGCCAUAUUUACCACAUCCAGGGCUGACUAGAGAUGUAAAGUCACAGAUACCUCACCAUAGUAACUACUAUUUAACUGUUUAUCGGAAAGAAUAAUGUAGCUUGAUAAGUAAAAAAAAACAUCCCUAUGUCUUCUGUACUUCAGAGUUCUGGGGCCUUUGUUGCCCCAAGACGAUUUCAGCACACUUAUGUGUGCCCGGUCAUCUACAGAGAAAUGCCGUUCAAGAAGUUCACUCCUGGGUAUUCCUUCAAUAGAGCGAUAAGCCCACAAGCACGACGCAUAAUGCAAUGCAGAGGUUAAUCACAUUUACAAGCCAUGCAGAACAGUGCAUGUAAAUGAAAAAUAAUAAAACUAGUGGUAUUUAAAAAAAAAAAAAAUACCGAAACCCAUUAUUGCGCAAACAUUUCCCAUGUGAAUGUUCCCCUUUAAAUCGUCUGUGGCUGACAAAUCAUAGUAUACUUACUGAUGUGAUAUACAACAUAUGCACUGUGAUAUUCUAGAAUCAUGUCUAUAGAUGAGCUGUAGACCUGAGUGGCUACCAUUUCAGGCGGCUACUCAGGCCAACCCAUCUGCCUAUGCUCAGAGCACUAUUGAUGCAUACUAAGAAUGGGCUGAAGGCCCUGUGUUUACUCAGUGGAGAACAACCUCCAUUGUUCGUGGAUAAAUCUCUGGUGGCUGCAUAUUCAGGACAUUGGGAAACUAACCUGGAAUGGAGGAACACGAGCCUGAAUUCAAGAUGGCUGCUCAAAAUUUAGGAUAGCUUUGAAAUAUGCUUUUUAUUUUUUUUGACACUCUUCAUUCAAAGUUUCCAUUAUUAUUUUGACAACAAAAAGAAAAGUAGAAUUAUGCAAUGUUAAAUAUAACUAAGUACUUCUUUACGUUUAUCUAAAACUGAAGAACAAUACAAAUUUGUGGGCUACCUAAACUCAAUAGCGUUUUAAAUUCAGUGUUAUCCUACUUUACAGACUUAAAGAAAAUAAUGAUAGUUUGACCCGCCAGUGACCAGUUCAACCAAGUAAAUUCAACCGAGUAAAUCCGGAGUCUACAAUUUACAACAGGGAGAAAUGAUAUUAAGUAUUUUUUCAGUGUGGAAUAAGCAGACACACAAGUUUUGAAAAAAAUAGUUUCUCUUCAUAUUUUAAUCCACUAAUUGGUUGUUGUUUUUUUUGCUUUUAAAAUUAGUUUUUUUUAAUUCCAAAAUAAGGAAAUAAUUAGAGCCAUUAGAAUUACAGCUGGCUAGCUUGUUAGAUUACAUGGUCAAUAUGAGGUUACACCCUUCAAAGACAAACGUAUACAAGGUAUCUCCAGGAUUACACAAUACUUAAAGAGACUAAAGCAAUAUCUUUAUAUGUAUUAAUCACAAUCCUCAAGUGCUUAUCUUUUUUUCUCAUGACUCAUUUAUUUAUUUGCGACGUGUUCUGUGCAUUUAUCCAGGAACUGUCAUGAGUCCUGAACUGCCUUAGCGUUACUUUACUUUAGUGUGAAAGUCCCUGUUUUGUCACAGUUCAAUGAAAUGUAAUCUUAAAACUGUAGGGUUAGAAUCAAAGGACCAUAACCACUUCAUAAUGUUGCAUGAUAUGCAUAUUGUAGCAUCAUGAAAUAGUCACAUCCUAUAAAGAUAUGUAUCAUAUAUAUCUAUAUGUAGCAACAUUUGGGGAAUUGACACAGUAUUUAGGGAUUUUCCUUUUGAAUCUGUGUUGUGAAUGUGCAACCCACCAAUACAGUUUAUUUAUCCUCCAUAUCAUCACUAUAUAUCCGCUGUACCAUUGGUCCUCAAACUCCGGCCCCCCAGAUGUUGCUGAACUACAACUCCCAUGAUUCUUUGAAUUACAUAGAUAGCCAGAGAAUCAUGGGAGUUGUAGUUCAGCAACAUCUGGGGGGCCAGAGUUUGAGGACCCAUGCGCUAUACCUAUAUAAUCCUCUAUAUAACAUGUAAUUGCAAAUUGUAGAAAAUUGAAUAAAAUGUAGAAAAUGACCACUUUUUCCUGGAACUGGGUGCUCCAUUUUGGCUACCUGUCAGUCAUUGUUAUAAGCUUUUUUAUUUAUACUUGUCAGUCAGCAUAGAGAAAGCUUACAGAUAAGAGAACCGAGACAGUGGUUUUCUUUUACCUUCUCAUUUGCAUUUUGUGCCUUGGCUGUGCCUGGACUGGAUUGGAUUGUGAUGUCAUUUGCUAAGUCUUAAUAUAAAUAACAAUAAAUAUUAAUAAUAUAAAAUUAAAAGAAAGUUAAGGAUCACAUGAAAAAGGUUAGCAACAGUCAUGUAUACUGCAAUCGUUUUUAAUCUCAACGUGCAAAAUCAGACUGUGCUAAGUUAAUUAAAAAAAUAUAUUUUUUAAUGUUCUGAGAAUUUAUAUACCAAACAUGCAAAGUUAUUAGCACAAAUGUAUUAGUUUAUUGAAAACAAAGAGAAUAAAAAUAGAUCUGAAAUAAUUUUAUAUAAUUAUAUUUAUAGUUUAAACUAGACAGUUACACCCAAACAAAUUGUAUGUUUUGAUUUUAUGUAACUAUCAAACCCUGGUAUCUAGGAAUUGCCAUUUUUCUUGUCAUUUUUUGCGUAAGAGACAGGCUGUUGGAGCACCAGCUUUUUCAACCUGUUUAAAAAAUGAUGUGACAUAAGUAGGGGACACAGCAGCCAAAGACUCUUUGCACCAUAGUCACUCCAAUGAGCUGUAGUGGUUAUGGUACUUAGUGUUCAUCUUUAAAGACACACUACAAUAAUUUUGUCUUUUUUUUUUUUUGUCUUGUGCAUUGCAGCCAUGAUUCCCCUGUUGUACAAUUUGUGUACUUAUAGAAAUUAUUCAUGUAACCCCAGGCUCAUUGACUCAUUUGCUUUAAUGUAGUAUACAGACCUAAGGAAGACACACACAGUGGAGGCCUCAGAUAUAUUUCUUGGAUAUAGAAGAAUAGAAUGGUGUGGGAUGGGAAUAGAUGGGAUAUGAGUGAAGAAUAGAAUGUGGCGUGAAGAAUACAGAGAGUUGAAAAAGUCUGGUGGUGAAGAAAUAAAAAAAAAAUGGAGAAUAAAUGGGGGCAUCUGGUUUUUUGAACAAUAGUAAAAUAAUACUGUGCAAGGAGAACUGACUGCGCUCUCGUUAGAUCCACUUGGGUUUCUUUCAAUGCUUCAUUAUCAGGUAAUGACAGAAAUGAUUCUGGGCAGUGUGAUCAUUUACCUGGAGUAUGGAGCGCAUGGAGCUUGUGUUGAAAGAUACCUGGCAUAAGAGGAUUUGUGGUUAAAUUGAUUCCUCUAGAUUUUGUAACUGUCUCGUUUAUUGUUAAAUUGCAUUCAUUUAUUAUUUAAUACUGUGGAGCGCUGCAGAAUAAGUUGGUGCUUAAUAAAUGCAAAUAAUAAUAAUAAUUAUUAUAAUAAUUUGAUAAUUGGAUAUUUCCAUCAUUAAUUGUUAUUACGUCAAAUAUUAAGGUGUAGCUUAUGUUUAGUAAUUUGGAUGUUUAGCGUAAAGGGAUAUUCUGGCCCCCUAAAGCACUUAGCUUGCUAAAGUGCUUUAAGUGUGAAAAGUGUGUCCCCUUUUUUUUUAUUCUUCAGAUUUAAGUAUAAAUUGGCACUUGUAUAAAUUAAUCUUGUUACACCCUAUGGAUUGGAAUCAGAUGAUAUGUACUGAUACUUCCUGGUUUGGUUAGCUCAGUGGAGCUAAACUCAAGAGGCAGCAAUUGCUCAGAUCACCUGCCUUGCACAGGCUUCUCAAUGCAUUGGGAAGUCAGUGAUUGGACAGCAACAGAAAGUCUAGGCGUGGGUUAGAAGGGGAGGGCUAGCAAAGGCAGCAGACGAGAUCUGCAACUUUUGCACGCUGUUAGGUAUACCCCAAUGAAAAAAAUGCAUAAUUAAAUGUAGGCAUGUUUUCAUUGGGGAUAUAUCUACUAAACAGUAAUUUGUUUAUUUCUAAAUGUAAUUAUUAUUUGGGCUGUAAAUUGUCCAUUUAGGUUGCAAAAGUGGCCAGCCAAUGAAAGGUAUCCAUUUUGUUACAUUUUAUAAUCAUGCAACCAUAUAUACUCCAAUGAGGAAUGCCCUCGGGGAAGACAUUCUGUUGAAAUCUCCCGGUCGAUCACGGUUUUCCUUAGGAUCAAAAACAGGUUCUGGAACUUGUGGGCCUGGUUUGACUUCAUGCCUUUACAAAGGUCGAUGAAAGAUAACAGAACCAGACCGGGUUUGGCUAUUCUGAGAUUGGGGGAGAGAAUGUGUUAGGGGAGCGGGUGACUACUCAUACUAAAUUACACCUGUGCAUAUCACACUGUCUUUGUCUAUUAGUGUGUGUGGGAGAGGUGGGGGAGUUGGUUCUCAGCGCACAGCCUCAAUUCUGACCAGGGGUUUAUGGGAGUUGUAGUUUAGUAAUUAGUUGUUUUGUUUUUUAAUUCUUUAUUUUAUUUGUGCAUAUGAUUAACAGAUGAGUUUGCUUUGCCACAACAACAGGAGCAAACUGAACGUUACACACAUAAGGACAACAAUAUGGCAUUGAAGGCAUUGCACACUUUUUGUGUUAAAAUAUCAGGAUAUACAUAAAUGUCUUAGCAUAAUGUGGUACAGGGUGGACAAAAAAAAAAGGUUAGGUGAUAACUUGUCAUGCGUGGUAAAAUUCUCUUAAAUUUGAGUGUGCAGUGCAAUUAUAAAUUAUAAACACGUUUAACUCAGUGGCUUAAGAUGAGUGUUCAUGGCGAGUGUCAUCGUUUUAGUGUCUCGAUGUUGGUUUAGUUAAGCUCAGCUGUGCUUAUCUAUGCUUGAGAGAGGGACAUGCAUUCUAUACAGUGACAUCUGGUCUAAAUAAUCAGACAUUUAUCCUAUGUAAGAUUACAUGUCUUUCUAUACGAAUAAGUAUGUGUUAUCCUUGCUAAAUCUCAUCUAUAACAUAAAAUAACUCAGUUGACAAUGGGAGUAACGAUCAGGCUAGGACAAGGCUAGGACAAGGCUGUAUGGAACUGGGAUAAACAGGGCUAAACACUUCCCAGUGUCUGGCUACACAUGGUUAUGCAGUUAAUGUAGUUUUGAGUGUGCUAUGCUAGAUGUAAGUUUAAUAAAGGCAUAUUAAAUCACGAGUGUCUCAGUUCUGCAAAACAAAGAAAAUUAACUAAAUGUGGAACACAGAAAUGUAAGCUAAAUAAGACGAUCGCUCAUGUUGGGGAGACAAUGCUUAGAGGUGGCGUCUGGUGGCAACCAAGAUUCUGUAUAAAGGUGCCUACUGCAAGGUGGGUAACCUGAGCUGCAGGUCUUUACCAGCUGUGACAAUGUCCCUUGGGGUGUGUAUUGUAGAGGCCAGAGUCCAGCACCACUCUCUUUUUAGGACGUCCCUUUCAGCCUAUGCCCACCGGGUGUAUAGAAUUGUCCAGCUUGGGAGAGUCCUGCCCGGUGGCAGCCCGCUUGCUCGGAGAGGUAAUGGUGACUUUGCUGUUGCAGCAUGACAGUUGCCCCCUCCGUGCUCUCACUCUGGGUGGUGGUAGAAAGGCUCUCCGCUGGUUGCGUCCAUCGGUCCACGGCCCUGCUGCAGUGUGCUUAAUGUCGCUGUGGGCCCUGCCAGUACCUCCAUGUUGUGAUGUGCUUUGCAGGGCGACUGAUGCUGGGACUGCUGGACGGUGGGCAGGUCGGGCAUUCCGGUAGGUCCCGCUCUGGAGCGUGAGGGCGUGUGAACUGUUGUCCGAGGGACUUUGCGCCUUCUCCCACCAUUCUGCUCCCUGGCUUCGUUGCUGUCGGGAGGCUGUUCUGGAGCCCCAUGGGAGAUAUCCCCGUAGGCAGCGUCGGACUGUCGGGCGGAUCCACGCCGUCACCGCUUUCACCGCCAGUUUGAAGUGCUGUCUCCUGGCCCCACACUUCGUCCAGAGGUACGAGCAGAGCUGGUCGAAGAACACCAGUGUGUGUUUAGGUGGCUUGAAAAUCGUGCGCCUUGUUUUGUUCGGCGUCUGCGCCACCAUUUUAGCUGGGCCCUGAUGGUCUCGUUUGGACAGAGAUUGUGUCACCUGGGCAGUUAGAUUUGCGGGUCUAUUCGUCCCCUGCGAGGACCGGGAUAUCCCCCGCCGGUCCAGAGGGGGGGUAGCAGGGCUGUAGCUUGCUCUCGCUUGGGAGCUCGUCCCGUUCCGGGAGAUCGGUGCUUUCCCCGGGCCCCAGGCUUCUCUCUGGUUUAGGCCGCAUGGCCGGAACAGGUUUUUCUGCAGCGCACCGGUGCCGGUACCAUUCAGUUACUCAUGUCGUGCUGUGCUUGUACCCAGACACCGUUUGCCGCUGGCUCUCUUGGAUCGCUUGGUAGCAGCUCUCUUUUGCCUGUCGUUGCAGGAGCUCCUAGAGUGUGCGACUGGCCAUCUUGGCUGUCUGGCCCCACCCCCCUAGUAAUUAGUUUUAACAUAUGAAUUCUGCUAGAUAAGCUACAACUUAUGCCUCUUAAAAUUCCCAAAUUUCAUCGUGACAGUCCCGAAUUCCAGGAUCUGUGCCACUGUUCUGCCUUAGUAUCUUGGUGACCCGCCCUGUACACCCCCACCGGCAUCCAGAUUCUGGGACUGCUGAUGUUGGGAGGUAUACAAACCUUUGCUUUGUUUUUUGAUGACAUGUGUAUAUGUGCUAAUGGGCACUGCAGGUUAGGAGGAACAGACAGAAAGGAAUCUGUAUGUUAACCAGCAAAGAAGAAGUAUUUCAGAAUUGAGUAGGUGGGAUAAAGGAGGAAGGGUUAAUAUGCAGAAAACCAACACAAAAUUGAGCGUAAUACUAAAAAUAAUAUAGCAAAUUAUUUAGACCAAAAGCUAUAAAAUCAGGGCUGGCCCAUGCAUGGGCUCUGAUGAGGCUAUGGCCCCAUGUGGCAUGCCACCUCUGUACACUGGUGAAAAGUAGUGUGGUACAGGCAUUCACAGUUGUUUAAAACAGAGUUUUAUUAGAACAAUAUAGAAAUAGCAGCGUUUCAACCCAUACAUGGGUCUUUGUCAGGGCUUGUGCCCUCUAUCUUCAUUGCCCAAGCAUUCUGUGCCACCGAUCCACCAGGGUAUCUAGUGUCCCACCUUCCUAGCCACACGAGAGAGGCAGGGAGGGGGUAUAAGUUCAAUCAUUUUUUUUUUUUUUAAACUGCUUACCCUCACCCCCUGCACUUAUCCAGCACUUGUACUAAUUGCAUAUAAUAUUUAAAUAACUGUUACACUUUUGUUUUGAUUUUAGUGUAAAACACUUUUUGAAAAAUUAUAAAACUUGUGAAAAUUCUUAGAAGUAGAGAAGUUAUCAUAUAAUGUUCCUGUCCCAUUUUUAAUGUACUUUCCCAUAAUUUCACAUAUAUAUGUAUACACAUAUUUCCAGUAUGCAUUUUAACAAUGUCUGUGGUCUUACAGAGUCUAGGUCCUUAUUUGUAUUGCCAGAUAAGAGUAUCUCUCUAUGUGUUCUUAUCUCAAUGACACAGAGGAAAAAGGUGACAAUAUUAAUACAAACAUUGGAAUUUGCCAAUGGUAUCAGUCUAUACUAAACAUAUAUUUUCAGAAGAAAGUAUGUAUGUUUAAAUAGUCUAGUUUGUAAACUUUGUAUCAGUCAAACUUCAGUUAAUUCCCACCUUAAAUAAUGCCAUAAAGUAUAUUAUAGAAUAAUUUAAAAUAUCUAAAAUAAUAAACGUAAUACAACACCACAAACACACACACAUGCACUACACAAACAUAGACACUGUAUCCACUACACACACUAAAUCCACUACACAAAAACUGAGACUACAUAAAGUACACAAAUACAUACACUGCAUCCACUACACACACACUACAUGCACUAAACACAUAGACACUGUAUCCGCUACACACACACACACUGCAUCCUCUUGACAAACACUGACACUUCAUCCACUACACAAACACAGACACGGCAUCCACUACACACACUACAUGCACUACACUCGAGACACUGUAUCCACUGCACACACUGCAUCCACUACACAAACACAGACAUUACAUUCACUACACACACUGCAUCAACUACACAAACACAUACUCUGCACCCACUACACAUGCACACACACAUACAUAAAACAUCCGCUACACAAACAUAGACAUUACAUCCACUACACACACUGCAUCGACUACACAAACACACACUCUGCAACCACUAUACACACACACACACACACUGUAUGCACUACAGACAUUGCAUAGGAUACACAAACUGCAUCCACUACACAAAUGCAGACCCUACAUUCACUAUACACUACACACACCGCAUAAUAUAAUGGAUGGGGUGUGCUUUUUUGGGCGUGGCUUGGGUGAGAGGUGGGCAGCAUUUAAUCCUUGGACAGCACUAUGUAUAAAAUGCACAAGGGAGGAGGGGGGGGGCAGAAGGACACUAUAACACUAUAGUGUUAGGAAUACCGUUUUGUAUACCUAGCACUUUAGUGUCCAUUUGAAGGCACCAGGAAGUCUUCAACUUAAUGCCUUGGUUUAAUAUUUUUGGAUAUGCUUUUCAUAUAAUCACAAUUUGUGAGAAAAACCUUUGAAAUGAUUUAUCAUCUUCAGAGGUCACCGUUAAAGCCUAAGGGAAAGUCCUUAGAUAUAUUAGUGGAAAUGUAUUUCUAAAAGAUUGCGAAUUGCGAUCAUUUGAAAAGCUUAUUGAAAAAUAUUAAAUCGAGACCGUAGUUCCUUGUACAGAGAGUCUAGAGAUAGUGUUAAACUGAAAGAUUGUAUUAUUGAUUUAUUUUUGUACUUGUAAUAACUAAACUCACAGAAUAAAUAAUCUCCUCACUGUGUUCCUAAUAAAACCGGGUACACCCUCUGUAACUCGCCUAUUGGUAACUAAACAAACAUUGUGAAAACCCAGCCUUCCAUUCUUCAAGCACAGCUUGCUGGCAUUAACUUUCCCUACUUCUGCAGUGCACUGGUUUGAUGCAAAUUAUUUAUGGUGCUUCAUAAUCAUCAAAAGUACAGAGUCCACCACAUUGCCAAACUAGCCCACCAGGAUACCGGGAAAUUUCCUGGUGGGCCGUGGCACCUGGGGGCUACGUAUGUAGGAGCCACCGGGUGGCUGGUCCGGUGGCACACUCUGAGGGGGACUGCCGCGUUCCACGAUGGUGCCGCUGGGCCCUGUGGCUGCCUAGCCAAUUCCCACAAUUCCCAGCACAGCGAGGGAGUAUGAUAGAGAGACAUGCUCCCUCCUUCAGUCCUCCUAUGCUGACAGCUCACUGCUGUCAGCAUUAGUGAGUGUGUCACCCGCCAGACUGGCUAGGCGGCCACCCAGCCCGGCGGCACCGGUGUGGAAUGCUGCCAGCCCCCUCUGACUUCUUUUUAUAGAUGGGAGGGGGGAGAAAGAGACAGUGGGAGAAUAGAGAGAGACACAGGGGGAGGGGAAGGAAAGAGACAGAGGGGGGAGAGAGAGUGACAUAGGGAAAGGGGGGAGAAAUAGACAGAGGGGAAGAGUGAGACAGAAGAGGGGAGAAAGAGGGGGGAUAGAGAGAUGGUGGAGAGGGGUGAAAGAUACAGAGGGAAAGAGAGAUGUGAGGGAGAGAGAGACACAGGAGAAGAGAGUGACACAGAGGGAGAGACACACAGGGGGAAGGGGGGAAAGGAGAGAGCCCCACAGGGUUAGGUGGAGAAAGAGGCAGAGGGGCAGAGAGACACACAGGGGAGGGGGGAGAAAGAAACAGGUGGAAGAGAGAGAGACAUGGGGGAGAAAAGGAGACAGAGGGGGAAGAGAGAGACUGGGAAGGAGAGGAGACAUGGACACAGAGUAGCUGAGAGGGGGAGAAAGAAACAUACAGAGGGACUGGGGGGAGACAAAGAGACACACAGCGGGGCUGGAGAUAGAAAUAGACACAUACAGGAGCUAUAUAUAUAUAAAACUUAUUUAAAGUGAAGAGCGCACCCAGAGGACUUCAAAAUAAACAAGAUAACGUCAUUUUGUACAACUGUGCAAUACAUACAUUCACCAUUUCAGUCCCAUUACCAAACUUUCAGUCAAGAUAGUUGGACUGAACCAUGCAAAGGCCCGGCUGCUUAAAAUAAAUCUGCACUUUUGUUUAUUUUGAAGCCUAUGAGUGCUUUUUUUUACGUUGGAGUAAUCAUUUUUAAUUUUAAGUUAUCUUUUUCUAACUCUGUAUCAGCACACUAUGCAGGCACAACGCAUUAUUGGGCUGGUAAAUAAUUUUUUUCCAGGGCUGCUUUAAGUUCCCAGUCCGGCCCUGGUCCACCAUAUGCAGAUAUUCAAGAGGUGUGAAUUAUGGGAAAAUCAAAGUGAAUUUAAAAUUUUAGGCCAAAAUAGCUGAAUUGGAAAAAUUCUUCAGGUCAGCUAUGCUCACAUGAUAUAUUGGCCAAAAACAGGGAUAGGCCACCUUCGGCACUCCAGAUGUUUUGGACUACAUCUCCCACAAUCCUCUUACAGCCACAAUGCUGGCAAAGCAUCCUGGAACAUGUAGUCCACAACAUCUGGAGUGCCGAAGGCUACUUAUCCCUGGCCUAAAAUCUGAUAUUCAAUCUGAAUUCACUUGGAAUUCCUCACAAUUCACACCAGCUUUUGGGGGACAUGAUUAAGUAAAAUGACAGAAUAUUAUUUUCUAUCUGUUUUAUUAUGUCCGAACAAUGGGGACUGUGUUCUAAAGUCAUUUUCUUGAUUAUGUCAUGUGGGUAGAAUAUGUCUGGGUAAUGGGCAAGAUCUCACAGGAGAGUGAGCACCUCUUGUAGCAAAGUAGGUGAAUAUCGAUGAUAAGUGGAUUGGCACAUUAACACAACUCCGAUAAAACAAAACUAUGUUGGUUGCUUAAAGGGCUACUCCAACCAAAAACCAGCGGUACGCGCUGGCAUCAGACACCACUUUUCCACAGCAUUAUUUGACAUUGGGCAGCCUGGAACCUUGCUAAGAGGUUAGUCUCUGUAUGUGCAGGUUUCAUAAUGAUAUGCCGCACAUACAGACGCCAGGCACUACUUUAAUAACUGGCGUGGUCUUGGUGUUUAGAGUGGGACUCAAGCAGGACUUCCACUCACCUACUAGUCAUCGGCAAGUAUAAAUUCAGCUAUGACAGGCAUGCCAUGGACUUUCCAAUGCACUUAUACACAUGUAUGGUUUAAGAAAAGCUGCUUAUGGUACCUAGUGUCCACACUGUUUAUAUAGGAGAGAGAGAAAGAGAGAUCCUUUCUCUACCUUCUCAUAAAUGCUGAUGUGCAGGAACUGUUAAAAAUAUAACCAUUCAUCAUCCCAGUGAAGUUAAAGGACCACUCUAGGCACCCAGACCACUUCAGCUUAAUGAAGUGGACUGGGUGCCUGGUCCAGCUAGGGUUAACCCAUUUUUUUUAUAAACAUAGCAGUUUCAUAGAAACUGCUAUGUUUAUAAAUGGGUUAAUUCAGCCCUCAAAUCCUCUAGUGGCUGUCUCAUUGACAUCCGCUAGAGGCGCUUGCGUGAUUCUCACUGUGAAAAUCACAGUGAGAACACGCAAGCGUCCAUAGGAAAGCAUUGUAAUGCUCUUGCCGCGCGUGCGCAUUCAGCAGAAAGGGAGGAGAGGAGGAGGAUCGGAGGCGGAGAGCUCCCCGCCCGGCGCUGGAGAAAGGUAAGUUCUAACCCCUUUCCUCUCCCCAGAGCCCGGCGGGAGGGGGACCCUGAGGGUGGGGGCACCCUCAGGGCACUAUAGUGCCAGGAAAACGAGUAUGUUUUCCUGGCACUAUAGUGGUCCUUUAAUUAUGCAUUGCUCUCCUAAUUUUGAUGUGAUUAUAUUUUAAAUGUUAUUUUUUUCAUUGUAGUAGACACAUUUACUUUUUAUGGCUCACUAAGAAUUUGAAGCAAUGUCUUCAGCAUAGCAUUAAAUACAACAGUAGAACGUACUGGGCCCAAAAUGGGAGAAAGGUCGCUCUAAUGCAAUGGCAAGUUGGAAAAACUUACAACAUUUUUGCUCUCAAAGGAGCCUUUUCAAGGUAGCACAAAACAACAACAUCAACAGUAUGUAUAGUGAGCAAAUAGGAAAAAAAAAGGGUAGGGGUACUUACAAUCAAAGUGCUGCGUGCAAAAUCAAUCAAGGACACGUGUAAAACCAAGAAACAAAUUGUGUGAAAUUCAAUAUGUAGACACAAUAACCACUACAAUUACAAAGUUGCAUAUAUUUGUACAACAAAAUAAAGUAAUCUAUAUAAUAUUCAUAAAAUUGAAACUAAACACCUUUAUUCGUAGUGAAAAUAAUAUUAUGUUAUUAAAAAGGCACAUUGUGAGAAUUUGUGUCCAAGCCCGUCAUUGCGUUGCAUAAAUCAUUUCACUGCAAUGAUUAAGUUAUUUUUAUUCCCCAUAAAGGGAAGACCUCUUACUGCUUAAAGGAACACAAACAUGUAUUCCUGACUUUAAAGUGUUAAAAACACUAUAUAGCCUUCUGCCCCCCCUUGCUCCUCUUAAAUAGAAUAAAAACUCACCUUAUUUUCAGCACCGACAUUUGGCCCGCCCCCGAUCCACCCUCUUGGCUGACAUAAUCAGAAUUAAUUAUCCCAUAGGAAAGCAUUGGAUUGGCUGAGAUUGCCAAGGAGGCAGGACAAGGGUGCUGGCCAAUCAGCAUCUCCUCAUAGAGAUGAAUUAAAUCAAUGCAUCUCUAUGGGAAUGUUCAGUGUAGCUGAAUGUUAGCGCAGCACACUGUGCAGCACCGCCCCAUGAAUCACCCCUGGUGCCCAUCUGAGGUGGGGCCAAUGUAGUUGUCCCUAGGCUGUAAUGUAAACACUGUGUUUUCUCUGAAAAGGCUAUGUUUACAGGAAAAAGCCUGCAGGAACAUGCCACACUCACCAGAAAAACUACAAUAAGCUGUAGUUGUUCUGAUGACUACAGUGUCACUUUAAAUACAGCUCUCCUACUCCACCAAGCAUUAAAAUUAUGUCCAAUAAUGCGGUAAGUCAGAGUGGUAGCUGAUCGUUUUGUGUUGAUCUUGCUCUCAAAUUGUUCCCAGUUAUUUCUACUGUUAUAUUUUCAAGGGAAGUAUACGCUAGGCUGGAGGCACCUGUGUGGUCCUCUUUAGUUGUUUGUUCUCAUUGAUUGCAUUUACAACAGAGCAUUAAAGACUACAAAUAUAAAAUCUCUUUACAGAAAUAUGUUUUCAGUGGCAAGUGACUUUUAAACCAGGCUAAUAGUGGAAAAACUUUUAAUUUUUAACCUUCCUGUGAGAUGUACCUUGAGGACUGGUAUAAAUGGGCCUGUUGAUACCUAGCAAAAAAACAUCUGGAGGCUGGUAGCAAUCGGCUUGUGAUGUAUCCAGGGCUUUCACUGGCUUCAUCACUAGUACAUAAAUUAAAUAAGAAUUGUCUAGCCACAAUAACAAUAGAUAUUGUUGCCUAAAUGUCUUUCCACCUCAACUGAUGUUCCCUUUCAUUUUCUUUCACUCAUUGUAAACACAAAUUUCUAAAGAGUUUUUACAUAAUAUUUUACAGUGAUUUCCUGAGCUGCGGGGACAUCCAUCCCGUCCCCGGGACAUGGAGUCCAAGGUAACUCCAAGGAGGCCCUCCCCAUUCCUUAGGGGAAGGAGAGGUUACAAGACAAUUAACAGGACACCUCCUUCACCCUUGGUCAGUGAACCUCAGGAAAUGAUCGGAAAAGCUCACGAGCUGUUCCAACUUUGUGAUAAAGAAGAGAAGGGGCUAAUCACCAAACGAGAUCUGCAGGUAUCUAAAGGCGCAUACAAUAUGCAAACAAAUGUGCACUUAUAGGCUCUGGCUACUGGAAGUUUAAGAUGCAGGUUAUGGAUGUAUGUUCUGGACAGCUAGUAGUUGAGAAAUAAUUAAAAAAAAAAAGAAAAAGAAAAAGAAAGGAAAGAAAUGUAACAAAAAUGAAGUUGUUGAAAGACAAAACCAUAAAAUUGAAGAGGAGUGAGAAUGACAAUGAUGUAAAAUAAUGCUAGCGGUGUGAACAUGCAAUGUGAUAAAGAUAGUCUUUACUGUGUGAUCUGUGAACCCUGGGAUUUGUCACUAAUUCUAUUAACCUUCAUAUUUCCAGAGGCUGCAGAAUGAGUUACCCCUCACCCCAGAGCAAUUAGAGGCUGUGUUUGAUAGCCUUGACCAGAGCAACAAUGGCUACCUCACUCCUGUGGAGUUCGAUAUAGGACUUGGUGAGCAACACAAUGUACAGUCCUGUUUGGAAACUGCACGUUUUUCAAUAAUAAUGUUGAGCUAAUAUCUGCUGUAUAUUGUUUUAAUUUAUGUUGUUUUCAUGAUAUUUAAAUGGCUGUUAAGGCAAUGCCCGUUUAUACUUAUAUUGCUUUAAUUGGCACUUUUACUUUCUUGUGGUUUAUAUCACAUUAAAAUCAGCAUCUAUACAGAGAAUAAAAUGAAUAACAAAUAAUAAAGUGAAUUUAUCAAUAUUCGCUGUUAUUGUUGGGCAAUCGAAAAGGUAGGUGGUAUUUGACGCAAGGAAUGUUUUUGAUUGACUGAUCUUGCGUAGCCAAACACCAAUGUUGUAGAAGUGUGUGUGAGGCCAAAUUCUGUUUUUAGCAGUUUUAAAGGGGCUGAACCCCCUUUCUUAUGGGAAGGAUGUAUCAUUAAAUAAUACAGUGGAAAAUAAGUUUAAAAAAAACCCAAAAACCCCAGCACAUUUUUAACUAAAUAGUUAGAAAUUUUUUAAUAGAAUACAAAAAUGCUCACCUUUGAUUUCCCUGCAUUUUGGAAAGAUGAUCAGACAUGGUGAUCAUUUCUAGCAAAUAUUUUUUUUUAAAUAAAACUCAAUCUGAUUGUAGUAGAAUAUUUAAUUAAUUUAUUGGUAUGGAUUUUCUAUUCUUAGGUAAGUUACUGGGGGUCAACUUGCCCGCUGAGGUAGAAGAGGGGGAGAAAUCAGUACUGGAGGAGACAUUCGAGUACGGAUGGUCAGAUGGACCUGAUGAUGAGAAUCAUGCUGAUGACAUGCUUUUUUGUACAACCAUGGAGCAACUGGGAGCUGCAAGGGUGUUCCAGGAGUAAGUGUUCCUACCAAAAAAAUCUUAUUUUUAAUUAUGAGUCUCCUAUUAUCUUUCAUACUGAGCUUUUUCUUGGAUAUCAGGUACCAGAUAUAUGCAAGCUUGACACACCGUUGUAAAGAUGAGCUAUGACCAGAAUUAAAAAUGAUGAAAUAUAUUUGUUUAUAAUAGAUUUCAGACUAUGUGCUGUAAAACAUAUUUUAAUAAUGUGGACAGAUGUGUACACCAAUUCUUAUUUCCUGUUUAAUGCACCAAGGAAAUUACAGAGGCUUAAAAGUUUGGGGUUUGUUUUGUAAAGGGAACAAGGGAAUUAAUUUUUUAGGCCAAAAUAGCUUAGCUGUGAAUGUUUUUUUAUUUGUCGAUUGUGACCAAAAAGUUACCAUUUCCUUUUCUAUAAUUCCCAGUUCUGACAGGGUUAUUUACCAAAAUGGGAUACUACAGUGCUCACAAUAAAUGUGCUGGACAGGCCUGCAUAUGCUGAGAUACAUAAUUCACUUCUUAGUUUUUGCUGACCUCACUGGAGAAACGGCAGAUCCUGGGGAUUUACAGCAAAUGCUCAAAAUUUAAAUAUAUAUUUUUAGGGUUUUACCCACAGUUUAUUGUAUUAUCUUCAUAAUCCAUUUAAAACAUGAUCACAGUGUUACUCUAAAUCUUAUAAUUGCACAAAGUGUAUCCUGUUGUAUUUGAAGGUCGACAAACAGUAAAAUGUACAGAUUUCACAAUUGCAACCUUAUUGUUGUAGCCAGGAUCAGUGACACAGGCAGUUAUUGAAAGUUUGCUAAAUGUCUUCUUACCUAAACAAAAUCUUCUAAAGUGGACAUGUUCUUGGCAAAUGCCAUAGAAACUAAUGGAAACUUUACCCGACACAGUAUCGGGUUCCUUUGGCACACGUCAGUUGUUACAUUUUCAACUUAGACUCUUUACUAGAUUCAAGUGAGUUUUGCUGAAAUAAAGCCAAAUAAAACUAUUGAACAGCACUGCUAUGUCAGUAAUUGAGAGCUCCAAUAUCAAAACAUGUCAAAGCUUUUUUAUUUUUUGUCAUGGCUCAUUUUUCUUUCAUCUGUUGUCCCAAAUGUAUACCCACUUCUCCCAAUCCCUUUUUUAGACACAAAGAGAUCCGAGAUAUGUGGAUCCGUCUUCGUAAAGAACGUCCAGAGCUCCUGGGAAAUUUCGAAGACUUCCUUUUCCGAGUGUCCUCUUAUAUUCGGGAUGUACAUCACGAGAAAGAAACAUUGGAGCAGGCUCUAAAACGGUGUGUAAAUAUUAACAACAUCGACUCCAUCAAAUGGAGAUUCAAUGCUUGAUCACAAUAAUGUAGAUCCAAUUCCAAAUCUGAAUAAAGAAAAUUCAUGACAUAAUUACUGAACAGAGUUAAUGACUUUCUAAAUUACUAAAUGUAUUACUGUAUUUACAUACUAUUGUAAUUGGUAAGAUAUUUUUUAAUUCAAUUCUAGAGACCUAAAUGAUGGUCUCGGAACCUUGAGCUGUGAAAUGUAUCACUCUAAAUCUAGAUUUGAGUAUUUUGGACAUGGAUUCAUUAUUUUAUUCAUUGACUUUUAUUCUAAUUUCUAUCACGCAAGAUAACUAGAAAAUAUAAUGUGUUGUUCAUUUUGGAAUAUUCAAAAAAGCUGACAAGUUGACCUGCAGUCCAGGAGCCUUGAAUGUUCUGAUCUAUUAUAAAGCUUAGACCAACAAUAACUACUAGUACCGUAUGACCUGCUUACUGUGGUGUUUUUCUUAAAGUUUUAAGCAUAAUUAUCAAUUCACAUCUUGAUUGGUGUUAGAUUGGACUUAGCAAUAUGUUUGGUCUUGUAGAAAGGAGAUUGAUCAUGGACGGGAAGUGAGAUGUCUAUAUGAGGAGAUGGAGCAACAGAUCAAGAUAGAAAGGGAUCGACUUCUCAGAAAGGUACUAAAUGAAACAAAUAGUGGGAUGACACAUUUGCAAUCUAUGGAGAUAGAGGGUAAAAUGGGAAGGAGGUACAAGCUGAGGUAUUUAGAGACAACAAGUAUAAUGGAUUGUUGUUAGACAACUAAAUUUGGUCAUGAGAAUCUGAUCUAAAACAUAAAGAACCAGAAUCCACAUGACACACCUUAUAUUUUCCAAUUGAAGACAAAGUGUUAAACAUUAGGCGUUAUGUAUAAAAAGUCUCACUUUUGCUGUCACGUCACUGCUGGUUUUGAGCAUUUGCGCCAUGUUCUAAUGUAUAACAUUUUAUCAAUGUAUAAAAACAUUUUUUCAAUGGGUUCCUUAUUUUUGUCCUUUCUGUAGUACUCCAACAUAACCUGUUUACUCUUUUCUUCCUCUUUUAGAUUAUAGACUUUUUUUCCCCCUGAUAAUUUUACCAUUGAUUACAUUCACAAAAUAGGUCAAAUUAGUAAUAUUACGAGGGAAUAUAGUUUGAAGAUAGUUGUAUACAUUAAACAAAAAGGAAGAGCAUGAAAGUUUACCUGUCACAGAAAAUAUAUAUUGAAAAUGUCAAAUUUGUGAACAAAAAAAUGAAUCAUAAUGGAAUGGGAGAAUAACAUGACAAAAAAGAUGCUUUAUGGAAAAUUUCUUGCAAAAAAAAAAAAAAGCGUAGAGAUAAGCCUCAAAUAGAAUGCUAUGGAAAUAAUAUACAUAAAACAUGAAUGAAACACUAUUAAAAUAUAUUUCACAUUCUUACAGCAUCUUCUCUAGGACAGCCAGUUGUUUGUGGAUUGAAUUUGAUGAAUACAUUUCCCCAUGUAUGGUAAACAACCCUGGAACAUGAGUAUGGUCCUCAGAAGUUGUUGGCAAUAUAUGGUCUAACUUUAUAUUCCUGUUCGAGUGAACUACAAAGAAGACACACUGCAUUCACUUAAAGGAACACUAUAAUCACCCAGACCACUUCAUUGAGAUUGCCCCUGCUUUCUUAACCCUGCAUUGUAAAACAUUGCAGGUUUUUGAGGGUUAAGUCCAUCUCUAGUGGGCAUCAGUAUGAAAGGCACCAGAAGCACUUCUGUGGCACUGACUGAGUAAAACCCACAUUGAUUCAAUGCUUUUCUAUGGGGAAGUUUAAAUGCAUGAAUGACGCUCACCACAAAUGCGCAUUAGGUCCCCAAUACUCCUCAAUUAGGAGCAUUGGAUUGAACCAACAUAGAGAAGGCCAUGCCUCCUCCGUGACAUUGUGGCGAGCAGGAAUAUUUUUUUGGCAUAUAGAGGGGAUGGAAAAAGAACAAGGACACUACAGCUUAAGGAAAACAGGUUUGUAUUCCUAACGAUAUAGUUUGCCUUUAAUGAAAUGUACAUAUGUCUAUUAUCUGCAUGAUUCAGCAUAUGCUUAGCAAGACUGGCCUGAGUUUGGAUGAAAAAAUUCUUGAAGAUUCUCACUUGUGUUUCUGACAUUGACUCUGUAACAUAUACUCUACAAUAGUUAUAUAAAUGACAAUUUGUCUUUCUUUUCACAGGACUCAUCCAGGCAUCAGGACAGACACACAGCUCUUCAGAGGGAACUGGUCAGGAAGGAGCAAGAGCUGGACAGCAUUGUCCUACGACAGAAACAGGUAUGGUGCAAUCUCUGGUACCUGCCCCAUGUUUUACCUAUGCAGUUCUAUCAUAACUUUGUUUGUAAUAAAAAAAAGUUACCUGCGCUCUUUCCACAUCCCUAGGUAUUUUUAAACAAAUGGAGGUUUUUAGUUACCUCCAAUGGCCAUGAGAGGUUAUGCCUACCUGCCACGUCAAGGCGGACCUCUUAGGUGGGUCCUAACUCUAACCAUUCGCCUUGCUUCCUUGAGCUUCUGGCAAAAUAUCUCUAAUGAGACAGAAAGGGGUAUUUUUUAUAUACAUCCCUACAUGCUUAUUAACCCUUACUAGGGAACUCAUGGGAUGGGCAGCAGCAUUGCAACCUAGCUGUGUGAUACAAAAGUGAAUACGAAUACAAUGAAACAAGUCCUGAGCUCAAACUCCCAUUACUCCUGGGUGGCAGCAGUGGUAUCCCUGACGCUGUUCCAGCAAAAGAGCUGCCGCACUACUUGCGCUGCCUAGUAUCAACACUCUUACCCCCGACUCAAGCCAAGAAGAUUGUCUUCGAUGGUGUAUACUGCACUAAUAGAUCUCUACAAGCACCAAUAUUGUUCUCACGGGACGUCUUAGCCAGAUGCUCAUCCUCCCAAGACAAACGGCACAUCAUGGCGGCCCUGCAAGGCAAAACACCAUACACAUUCAAAUCCACGCAAAUCACCAUCUUCCAAGACCUCAGCAGAGCUACACUCAAAUGGCAGAGAUCCCUUCGCCCAGUUACAAGCCAACUCCAGUAAGCCAGAAUACCCUACCGUUGGGUGGCCCUAAGACUCCUGUCUGUUACACACAAUGGUACUGCUUACAAAGCCUCCACCCUCCAAGAAGCUUUGUCUCUAGUAGGGACACUGGGACUCACCCCCACACUAAGGAUGGUCUUGAGACCCACAUACCCACAACGUGGGAUCCCUCCAAUAUAGUCCCCUUUGUGCCUGGAGAGAAUCAUGCCUCUGUCCCAGGGACCUGACUUUGCCGUAUUACAGGGCACAGCCUGUCGCAAGCUAUAUUGGGCAAUGUCUCUAUUCCUGUUUCCAGUUUACUUUUACUUUGUUGUUCAUUUCUUGGUUUGAUUUUGUAACUUAGCCUCACAGAUGAAUAUUAUAUACAGUUGGGCCCAAUGGCUUAACGCCACAUGCAGCCCUUGACGCUAUUAAUAUGCGCCAAGGUUUGCCCCUCCCUCCCCCCGCUGUCCCCUUGGUUAGGGGUACCCAAUCACCUUGUGCCCACCACCCGUGGUUAAGACUAGGCAUCCUAUUCAAGUUCUCCACUGAGCCACCAUAUAGUGGGCUCGAUGAAAAUAAUGUAACUGAGCAUGUUAAUACCAUAUCGCCAGUUAGAGCAACCUAAUUCAAUAGCUAUUAGCUACUUAUACCUAGAUAUCUUAUUUUUCACUAGCCUGGCGUUAGUUGCAAAAACAGUACAGUUCCAUACAUCUCUAGCCUGAUUUCUUAUGUUAUAAACAAAAAAUAUGUACCAUUAGUUUGACUGCCAUGCCAAUGUAUCAUCAUGUCUGUUUCUGAAAUGCUUAAUUCUGCUGUUGUGGCAAUGUAAGCCCAGUUGAUAUCAUAUGCACAACAACUAUAGGCGUAACAUUCAGUUUGUAUUUCACUAGAGAUAAUUUAGUUAAAAAGCGUCUAUUGACUUUCACAUAUUUCUGUUCGUGUACAAACAUAUGUUGCCAACUCGAUCAUGACUCCAUCUAUGAGCACAUUUAUCACCCCUUAGCAGUCUGUGUCUAUAUAUUUGCUGUUGCUGUUCAUUUGUUUACUUGUAUGUAAACCUAACUUAGUGUCUCAUACACCGAGGAUUUUGUUGCUGCGGUGACACAAGCAUAAAGAGUAAAGACAUUUCUAAACACUGACUGGAAAGUAACAGUUUAAUGUUUUCAGAAUUAUGUAAAAUCAUGAUAUCAUAAUAUGUUAAUUUAUGAAGGGUUUUAUUCAUUAAACUACUAACUGUGUCUCUCUAUGUGUGUCAAAAUACUGAUGUAGUGUCUAGCAAAAUGCUCUCUUUGUGCUAUAGAUUCAUAGUAAUUGUGGGAUAGUCAUGAUGAAAUGGAGGGGACAGGCCUCCACCAAUAACGAGAAGGUCCCUCCUAUAGAAAGGGAUAUUUCAGCUAGACAUGUCUGAACGAUAGUCAUGCUUACCAGCUCCACUUAGAGUAGUCCAGGUGCACAGUGUAGUGUACGAGCAUUUCUAAAGAUAUGUUUAUUGGGGUCGUACUGAGAAAUAAAUUCAGACAGAACUCUAAGGUUCAAUCCUGGAAGGAGAUUAAUUAUGCAACCCUGAGCACAAAACGUCUUUGAAGGUCACUGUCCAGUUAUGGCCAGCUUUGGCUGAAUUUUUGCUUGGAUAUGACAUGUCUCUUCCAGCAAUGCCCAGCAAUUUUGAUGCUGGACACUGUUCACAUAAUCUUAUUGUAUAGUUAUUACAGGAAGACUUAAAAUACCAUAACCACUACAGAGUGCUGCAGUGGGUAUAGGAUUUCCUUGGCACCACCUCACAAAAUUACUUUUUUCAUCUACUCUGCCUGCAGAUAUCAUUACUGAUGGAUACUUUUAAUUUUCUUGGAAUCCACUAGAAGCAUUAUUCACAAGUACUUUUGUGUUGCUUUUUUAUAUAACUACGUUAGAAUUAGUUGGUAGAAUAUUUUGUUACUUCUGUCCAUCCUCCAUUCUUGUUUUUUGAACUCUUGCCUUUCUUUUUAGAAUUAAUUAUUUAUUGAUAUCUCAAAUGCGCUGAUUCUUUACACAAUUCGACAUUCAAUUCUCUAGUCUAUGAGCAUUAUUUGUCUUCAGUAUAAACCUUGAUGAUGGGUGGAGAAGGUUCUCAUCAAACAUUCAAUGUUAUUCUCUGUCUCUCUUUCGCAGCUGGAGAAUCAGUUACAUUCCAUAAACAGUGAACAACUCGAGACCCGUGUUCAAAAUGACCGUCUAAAGAAACUCAACGAGGACCUCAUUGCACAACUAGAGAAGAUCACAGGAGACCUGGAGAGAGCACAGAGCAAUCUGCAAGGUCUGCGAAAACAAGAGCAAGAAGAGCAGGAACACAAGAAAAGGUGAGAAUUCAUACAAAUUAUUUAGUUAAAAACAUGGCCAAUACGUGACAGAACAUUUUCUUUCAAUUCAUUCAGUCAUAUUGGUUCCCUGAGUUAAAGGAUCACUAUAGGGUCAAGAACAUAAACAUGUAUUCCUGACCCUAUAGUGUCAAAACCACCAUCUAGCCCCCCGGGCCUCUCAUGCCUCUAUAAAUAUCGCAAAAUCUUACUGUAUUCAAGCCUGAAGCUGUAACUCUGCAUGCUGUUUGAGUCAGAAAAACAAGCUGUCUGCUGACAUCAUCAGAAGUGGUAGUCUGAUCCAAUCACAGUGCUUCCCCAUAGGAUUAGCUGAGACUGACAAAGAGACAGAUCAGGGGCAGAGCCAGCAUGGUUCAAACACAGCCCUGGCCAAUCAGCAUCUCCUCAUAGAGAUGAAUUGAAUCAAUGAAUCUCUAUGAGGAAAGUUCAGUGUCUGCAUGCAGAGGGAGGAGAUACUGAAUGUUUGGAUGCAUUUUAGGCAGCUAUGACCCAGGAAGGAUCUCUAACAGCCAUCUGAGGAGUGGCCAGUGACGUUAUCACUAGGAUGUAAUGUAAACACUGCAUUUUCUCUGAAAAGACAGUGUUAACAGCAAAAAGCCUGAAGGUAAUGAUUCUACUCUCCAGAACAAAUUCAAUAAGCUGUAGUUGUUCUGGUGACUAUAGUAUUCUUUAAUACAUUAUUACAUUAAGGAAGUCAAUGUAUUUUUGUACCUAUGAUAAUUUUUUGAGCUUUUCUCGAUCAGUGAUCUCUUCACACAUUUGCAGUACCAGUGGUAGUUAUAAUAGAUAUAAACAUAGUACAAAACAAAAAAGAACACUUAAAAAAAGGAAAACAUAUUACAGAGGAGUCAUCACAUAUUACACAAUAGCAUGUGACGAAUGAAAGGCCUAGGACAUCAUCUGGCACUAAGACAGAGUAACAUAAUAGUAGGAGGCAUAGCAAAAGGGGUUCGUAUCAAAGCCUCCAGAAAGCAUAGAGAAACUUGGGUUAUGAAAAGUGAGUAGGGUCACAUCAAACCAGUGAAAAUAGGUAUUGUACCAAUACCUAUAAGGUGUGUCAAAUGAGAUAGAAGAAGAGGGGUGGAGGAUUGUGUAGGCAGAGUGCAUCGCUGAAUAUAGAAGCUUGAUAAUAUAAUAGGAAAAAAUCUAAAUGGAAUGUGAAGAUUGCUGUAUUCAGAUAUUCAAGGAGUGUACAUCUUGUCUGCAAAAGAACAGGUGUAGAGGGGAAAUAUAUGUUGAUAUGAGUGGCAAUAAAACUGAGAACAUUCAUAACUGAGUGAUGAGUCAUUCCAGGAGAGAAGUUAGAUUAGGCAGUAGGGUGUUCGGCAAUGAAACCACAGCAGCAAAAUACAAGUUAAUAAAACAGUAUAAGAAAACAAAAUCAAGGAAGUUGAUCAAGAUUGAACAACUUUAAUAUCCAUUGCCUCUGUACGCAUUUUAAAGCUUGUACACUGUUCUGCCAUCCCCUUGUAGUUGAUCUAUGUGAAUGGAAGACAAACCAUUGUUUCCAGUGUCUGGUGGUAUUGCUGGAUGGAAAAGGGAGAGAUAUGCCUACCAGAGCUCUUUUUAAAAAUUCAAUAUUUAUUGCGCAUAGAAUAAUUAAGUUGCACAAGGUGCACAGUUAGAAUAUAAGCAGGUACUAGAUUGUACAAACAAAGAUCGAACAUACAGUCGUAUUUUAAAAAAAUGUCUGUAGCGGAGAGCUGGUCUUUCACAGGUUAACUCCACUAAAGAUCCCAGUGAGGCUCAGGAACAAGUAAUAAAAUAUAUAUAUAACAAUAAGUACAGCAAGUAAGGUAAUCCACGAAUAUCCCCAUACAGAUCCCAGUGACUGGACGACACACAGCAUCAGGAGCAGAACUGAACUUUUAAUCACUUAACCUUCUUUUAAAGCUUUCUCCCAUGCAAGGGAGGGAUUCACAGUAAUUAUUACAGUAGCCAAUAUUAUAACAGUUACCUCCCACACAUCUCCUCCCCUCAGUGUGACACAUAAUCCAAUUAAACAUACUGUAGUUUUCCGAGUUCUGGAUGUACCCCAAAACAAGCAGCUAGAAUAAUAUUUUGGGUACCCCCUUGUAGCCCAAAUCUGGGUGACUAACAUAUUCAAAAUUCACCCAGAUCGGACCAGUGGUUCGGGAGUUAGGUGGAAGGUGAAAUUUGACGGACUGCACGCGAGGUGGUAUCCGAAAAAGGCUCCAUGUGUUUUGGCGCUGCGGUCGGUCUCUGUUCGGUAGUUAAAACAUACAGUAAUCCUUGCCAUCCACAGACAAUCUUCUAUUCAUCUGUAUUCCCUUGUUCGGUACAUUUAUUUUUCCAAACGAGGGGCUGACUGGCCCCUCAGUUCGGGAGUUAUGGAGCUCUGGAGGUCUCAGCGGUGUUCAGGUGUUUGAGUGUCCGAUUUGAGUUCCAGACACUCGACGACCAAACACCGCUGAGAUUUUCUUGUGUAAGAUGGCCUCCGCACGCGGUUCGUAUACCGAACAGCGACCACACAGGUACAUACAAUAUAUCAAUUUCACGGUCCAUUAAGUUUUGGUUACAGAGUGUGAAAGCUUAACGAGGUGCACACUUCUCACUGGGGUGGUCUGAUGGUUCGGUAGUUUCAUUCGUAUGAAAACUAACCAACAAUCAUCCGAAAGCUACAUACACUUACAGUUACACAGGGAAACAAUUACACAAAUACAUUUUUAAUACGAAUUCUUGAGGAGAGCCUUAAUGCAAUCCGCUACAAUGUCCGCUGUUAUAAAAUAUAUCACUUUGUCAAGUAAUCACCAUGAGUAUAUAUUUGUCAAGGUUAUCGGGUCUUAUGAAAAUGCAUGCUAACAAUCUACAUGAAGCUUCAGAAAAUCUCAUAAACAUUCAUGUAAAAGAGAGGGUAUAAGAGAAAAACGGGGGGAGAUAUAGAAUAAAAGGUCCAGGAGAAGGGGAGAUUACCAUGUAAGGUUUGUAUACUUUUGGGAGGCAUUCAGAUGGAGACUCACCCCUACUCUCCAGGGAGCCCCACGCUGGGGUAGAGGUAUGUACAAUGAUCCCUUAAAAGUCAGAUUCAAGAAGGGUCAUCCAGUGUGGCCGUGUACCUUUGAUAUUUAUCUGCAGCUGUCGGGACUAAUUCCUCAAUUCUCCAAAUAUCUUCCACUUUCUAAAUCAAGUUCUUAAUAGCUGGUGUCGAGUUCCUCCUCCAAUUUGCUGCUGUUAGGCUUCUGGCUGAGUUAAUGACGUGCCGGCGUAUAGAACUUUUGUAUUUACCUGUCAAGUGUAGGUAUACAUGAAGAAGGAAUAUUUCUGGGGAGAAGGUCAAGGGAUUGUCUACCAGAAUCAAUAGGAUUCUAUGUACUUGUCAAAAAAAUGGUUGGAUUUGAGAGCAUUUCCACCAAAUGUGGAUGUGCGUUCCAAGCCCUCUGCCACAUCUCCUACAUUCUGGAUUUGGGGAGAAUAGGCAGAGAUCUUUUCAGGGGCCUGGUAUAGUAAUUCAAAGUUCUCCUUACCGUAUUUGGUAUAGAACAGGAGUGGGGAGGUCUUUAAAGUGCUUUAUAGUGUGCUAUAUAAUACUGAGAUACCAUGAGAGUUAGGUUGGUUGUAGGCAUAGUUGUUCAAAGAACAUCAGUUCCCUUGUAGAGUCUGCAGAGUGGAGCAAUUUGGCAGUAAAAUGUGUCAGUUGGAAAUAGUCAAAUUUUAUCUUAAAUGUAAUAUUUACGUUAGGUUUCAAUCCUGUCAGUGGCGUCACAGUUCCAUUAUUGUAUAUAUGUUUUAAUCUUAAUGGUAGGUUAUAUGUGGACCUAUAUGCCGGCAGUUUCUGCCUAUAGAUCCAGAGGAAGGAGGAGUUCCGAUGAUGAGGGAGGUGGAGUUUAAUGACGAGGGAGGUGGAGUUCUGAUGAUUACAAAGAUGUGGGGGAAGAGUGGAGGGCAGAUAAGAGGAAAGAUCCAAUAAUUUAUUUUGUCUUGUAAAAUAUACUACUCUACAUACUUUAUUUCUGUCUAUAUUGGGUUUUGAGAGUUGUUUAAUGUGUUUGGACUGUAAUAGCAACCUUAAGGUAAUUUUGCUCCACUUUUGUUGGAUUUUUUUACCACAAUGUUAGUGUGUAAUAUUUUGCAAUGUUUAGACUUGUUUUUUUGAAAGCACCUGCAAUAUACAUGUAGUUUCAAACCUCAUUCACAACUGAACACAGCCACAUGCUACAAAAAAGGCUCAAUUAGCUGAAGAUGACUUAAGUAAAUAACUUUGGCAAAAAUAUUGUCCUGAUUCUGUUAUUUUUUUUUUAAAUUUUCAGAGAGGUGUUUCGAGUCUCAAGAAAUAUGCAGAAAGAGAAACAAAGUCUCCUGAGGCAACUGGAACUUCUCAGGUAAUAUAGCUAUGUAGAGCAAUAUGCGGAUAGAGCCUUAAAGCGAUUUAUUUUUGAGAUAAUACGGUACAUAGUUUGAGUGAUACAUGCCAUUUGAUCGUGUGGCAGGGAGCCUCUCGGAGCACGAUUAACCAUAAGACAAUGUUAUCUAAACGUAUGGCCCAGGGUUUAGAUAGGGACCAUGAAUUUCCAUGGUUCCAUUCACCAUCCUUGUGUGAAGAAUUAAAGGAGGGCCCUGUGAACCUGCGUAAGGCCCUGUGGGGUCGUAAUCCUUCUUUGGAGCUUCUAAAAAAUUCCUGGUUGCAUUUUAUCCAAUGCUGUGUUCUGUCACCAUGGUAGCAGUGACACAAAGUGACCACCCAAUGGUUUCCUUGUGAACGGCCACUGCUGAUUGGCUGGGAAAUGUGCUGCUUUGGUAAGGUUCACCUACUUGGUAAAAUGUUAGGUGCAUUCAAGUGUCUUACAGCAUUCUGUCUGCUUUGUUAUUUUAACUGUCAAACCAACAUGUGGAGGGAGUAUGAAUGUGAGACGACAUUAUUAAAUGGAUAUAUAUCAGAAUGCAUUGAAGUGAGGGCUUGAAUGUUUCAUACACUUUGAGUGCUAGUCAAUAAAGUGAGAACUUCCAGCAAUUAAAAGUGGAUUUAAAGGGACACUAUAGGCACCUCAACUCUCUGUAAACUUCCAGAGAAAUUGCAAUGUUUACAUAGCAGCCCUAAGUCUGCCUCCAGUGACUGUCUCCCAUACAGCCACUAGAGGUGCUUCCUGGAUGUUAACGUACUUUUGGUCCGGUAUCUGACGCUGGAUGUCCUCACGCACUGCAUGAGGACAUCCAGCAUCAGCUAUUUCCCCAUUGGUAAUCAUUGAUUGAAUGCUUCCCUAAUGCCAGGCCUAAUGCGCAUUAGUGCCAGCUUGAUGAGAGAUGUCGGAGGAUGUGAAUAGCACGACCCACACGCUAUCGGACAUCGGCGCAGGGAUUAGGUAAGUAAAUAAAUAAUUUUUCACCCUUUAUUAUACAGGGUGAGGGUGGGGGUUGGGGGUGGGGCAGAAGGAGCUAUAGUGUCUGGAAUACAGCUUUGUAUUUCUGGCAUUAUAGUAUCCAUUUAACCCCUUAAGGACCAGACUUCAGGAAUAAAAGGGAAUCAUAACAUGUCACACAUGUCAUGUGUCCUUAAGGGGUUAAUGCAAAAUUUUAAUUUAAGGGCAAAAUACCUAUACGGAAAAGAAAAUUGACUUGGAGAAUUUUUCUCAUUUGCCCAUUUUGGAAUAUUUUUGGCGUUAAUUUUGAAUUCACAGCAAAGUUCUCAUCAGUGAAUAACUUUGUCAGUAUAUCAGGUUUGUACAAUAUGCAGUCCUGUUUUUGUUUUUUGUUAGACUAGUGGUGAUUUGUUGAAUCGAGGUCUCCACCUGUGCCUAUAGGACUGGAUUUCAGAACAAUUUUAAAUAAAUACAUUUUUGUUCUGCAAACCUUGUUUUCAAGUUGGUCAGUAGAUGAUGUUGAUAGAUAUCAUAGAAAUAGCAAAUUAAAGGAUCACUAAAGGCAGCCAAACCACUUAACCUCAAUGAAGUGGUCAAGGUGCCGUUGUCCUGUUUAGUUUUAACCCUGCAGUGUAAAGCAUUGCCAUUUAGCAGAUAUGUCAACAUUUUCAUUGCAGGGUUAAACACACCUCUGGGGGCUGUCUAGCCCGACAGCCAGCAGAGGCACUUCUACUGUGACAAACGAAUCAAGCGCCUUUCUCACCCCUAACCUCUAAUAGGAUUGCAGCGCUACUGCCCUUGUGCUUCCUUUCAUCACCAAUGUUCAAGGCAUUGACUUGUAACUAGAAUGAAGUGGAGUGCUGGUGACCAGUACCUAUGCAUGCCGUCUCAAUUCUCAAAUAUAUUGUGUAUCUAAAAUGAAGGAUGGUAGGUCAGCACACGAAUACUCAUUGUAUAUAGGGAUGACAUUCAGUGUUCUCCUCUCUGUUGCAGAGACAUGAACAAAAAGCUUCGAGAUGAAAAGGAUGUGUUCGAAGCUAAGAAACUGGAUGCUUUAAAGAAAAGCCUUUCAGAACCAGUUCCUUCUUUAGUUCCAUGCUGCUCCCACUCCUCAGAGUCCAUAAAUUGGAACACUGGCCUGUGACAUCGAGAACCCGGAACGUGCAAUGUUAUAAUCAACGUAAUGUAAAGAGUGGUUCUACAGAUUAAGUAAUCGCCAUGGAAACCAAUGGACUGCACUGGUGCUCCCCCUGUUAGAAUGUUACACUGUAUUUGCUCUUUAUGAACACACCGCCUCCUCGCCUACCAGAAAAAAAGCCAAACUACACUACGAAGAGCCAUUUCUGUGAGUCUUUGGAUACUGUGAAGCCUAUUAUUUAAGUUUAAGAAGAUGCUUAGGUUCUCUAUCGUGAUCCAGAGACUGGAGAAAUCUCUUAAUGGAGAUAAUUCUCUUUAAUAUGUGCAUCUUGGGACGUGUGCAUAAAAUCUGUACCAUAUGUUAAAACUAUGUGUGUAUAUAUGUAUAUAUAAAUGUAAGUCUCUUUAUGUUUCAGUGUUUUCAUGAUUUGUCUAUGUAUAUUUUUAUACAUGUGUCUAUAGAAUUUAAAAAAAAAAUUUACUGUUAGCAACAGUGUAGGUCAAUAGCCACUAACCUUUGGCAUUCCAUCUGUAGUAGACUAGUUUUGCCACCUAAAUAGUUUUAGUAUAUUAACAGAACUCUACAUUUAAAUGUAGAUUUACAUACAUGGGUUACUCAUGUAUUGAUAUUGCCUUUAAUUGAACUCUGACGACCUGGGGUCUCGGGAUUUGAAACAUACAAAGUCAGGAAAAACAGAUUUUCCUCCACUAACUUUAAUUCCUGCUACUCCACUUUAAUACACGAGUCAGCCAUCUUUACAGGCAGCCUCGUUAAUUCUGUGGUCAGGAAUGCAUUUUAAAGAAACACUCUAAGCACCAUAACCACUACGGAAUGCUGUAAUGGUUAUGGUGACAGGGGUUCACUGGUGCUCUCCAAUGUAAGUCGUUAAACUGUUUGAUAAUUAUUUGAUAACUUACCUGGGGUCCGCUAGAUACCAGUCAUCAUUGAGAGCAGGAUGUUGCUGAAUGACGCUUUCAUUGUACAGUGCUACGGAAUUUGCUGGCGCUAUAUAAAUAAUGAAAUAAUAGUGAUAAUAAUAAUUAGGGUAACUCAGAGCAGAGAUCUUCCCGGUGUCAGUGAAGGAAGUGACCGGCGGCGCCCAGCGAACACCAGUUUAGCUGUCAAACCGUUAUCAAAUUAUUUGAUUACUUACACUGGAAGGGUGCCAGGGCCCUCCUGGCACAAUAACUACUGCAUCAUUUUGUGUUGUUUAUAAUGCUUGGAGUGUUCCUUUAAUCAUUCAGUUGCUGAGGACUAUUUGCUUCCAAUCCCCAAUGGGGGGUGAAAUUGGAGAUAUGUAGUCAAAGGAAAUAUUCUCACGUAAGAGAAUCCGUGGGUAGUGGUCAUAGAUAAAUUCACAGAGAAUUUCUAGAUAUCAGGAAGGAAGUGUGUGUGGGGUUUAUUUGCUAAAUACAGAAUUACAGUGAAUUAAAAAGUGUAUUUCAAAAUUUAGGCUAAAUUAGUCAAGCUGUGACUGUAGAAGAGUUGGAAAAGUUUCCUAUAAAACAGGGGUAAUUUACCUUCGGCACUCCAGAUAUUGUGAACUACGUCUCCCAUAAAGCCCUUAUAGUCAUAACGCUGGCAAAGCACCAUGGGAGAUGAAGUCCAAAAUAUCUGGAAUUUCCCUGCCACAUAGGAUGUUUUUGCCCAAUAUUUAACAAUUUGGUUUACAAUUCAUUAAAAUUGCAUGUUGAGUGAAAAUCAUGAUCAAUUUAACGAUCAAUAAUCAAACUAUUUUUAUUUUAUUUUAAUGGGAGGAAACUUAAGGAUAUUUCCCCUUUAUGAUGAAAUCUUCUCUGGAAAUCCAAAGUAUACGAACCUUCCCGUAACAGCUGCUGUGAACACUGAGCCUUAUCACUAGGAAGAUGGACUCUGAAUAUAUAAAGCUGAUAUCACAUUCUAGAAAAGAAUUACAGUGGUUAAAAAAGUGGUACUAUCCAUCUGCUUGACAUACCGGCAAAAUAAAGGACAUGUAUGGGAGCGUCUACAUGUGACAUUUAAAAACCUGUUUUACCUCGUUAUUACGUAAUCACUAAGUAAACAGGGCUUUUGCCGCAGCAAUGAAUUCUGGGUACUGGUAAAUGAAAAUACAUAGUGUCAAAGUUAACAAACUGCAAUAACCGAUAGAACACUGAUGUUUGCUUCGUAAAUCUUGUUUAAUCUUUCUUUCAAUAUUACCAUCUCUCUAAUGGAGAGAGAAAAAGGGAGGACAACAACUAAGACUCUCAAGACUGGUAAUUUAAAUGGUGCUAUUUGCAGUGUUAUUCACAUAACUGGAAAUUGUUGCGAAUUCAAUUUGAGUUCUAAGUGACUUUAAAUUAAAUUUUCAAGCCAAAAUAGCUGAACUUAAAACACAGCAGAUUUUACAGAGUUACUCCGUAAACUCUGAAUUUUAACAAACUAGAUUUGAAUGACACAAUUGAGGCUAAAAUAGCCACACUGAGUUGAAGAAUUUUUCCAAAGUUUCUGUUUUAGCGUCAAAUUUGCUAUGUGGCUCUAAAUUACUAAAGUUCGAACUUUAACCAAGAUCCCCUUAAGAGAAUGUUUCCAGUUUCGGUAUUUUGCUUUAAAUUUGAAAUUGACUUUGAACUCGGAACUUGGAAUUCCCAACAUUUCCCAGUUUAAUGAAUAACUCUGUUUACAUUCAGAUAUCAGUGAUUACAUUUCAGUUGUUAAGUUAAUGUUUUAAUCCAAAUGAGAAUUAUUUGAAGAGAAAUACAAGUCUUUUUUGGUAGUCUGAAAAACUAUUUGUGUACCAUAUUUUACGCAUUUGAUAGAUAAUGGAUAUUUAUAUAAUGACAAUAUUUCAUCUUGUCUUUAUGUUGGCAUUAAUCUGUCAGCUAUGAUCUUUUCCCAGUCUUGCAGUGAACUGAAACUAUGUCCUAGAAGAUAUCUGUGAUUCCAUUCUCGUACAUGCUCAGCUGCUCUGUAAUUUCUUAUAGAAGUAAACAAAGGGGUGCUCGCAUGUGCUUUUAUGCAUUCAAGAAAAUCUGCUGCCAACUUCCAUGUUUAAUUAUUUUUUUUUUAAAUAAUUGUAUGUGGCCAACACAGGUUAAACUGCACCCCAGAACAAUAAACACUGCUGUAUAUUCUCCGAUGGGCUUCAUAAAACUUGCUGGAGGUGAAUGACAAAGAGCUUGGCGCUAAUUUUCAUGUAUUUUGCGUUAUAUAUUUUAUUUUUCCUUUUAUAUUGAAACUCUGAUGCAUCUGACUUUGUACAAAAAACAACAUAAAUACAUCAGGAUAAUUAGAGAGGAACGGUAACAUACAAAUACUAUAUUAACCCCUUCACUUCCAAAACGUAGAUACGAUUUUUCGCUUUUAUUUUCUUAACAGAAAUAAAGAAAACAUAUUAAUUAUAAAAAACCAUAAAGCCUCUCAUCUUAAUAUAGAUAUACUCCAGGAAUUAUUACAAAUAUAGCAUUAUUAAAAUAAUCAAUUAAACCAAUUUAAAGUCUUCAAAUGUGCAGAGCAUAACCCCCUCUUUUAAAACAGUAAAGUAAGUUUGAAUGGGUCAUAACAUUCUUACAGUUAGGGGGGGACACCUCCCUUUCCACUGUUAGACUUACAUUUCACACACAGAUACACACUUGGACACACUCAUUCCAGAGAUUGAUUAGAAAUGUAAGCAUUUAAGGUAAUUACUGUAUGUGGGCAUUAUGCUCAAAAGCAAACAUUCUUUUUACAUUCUGUUGCUCAGUUGGCAUAUUCAGUAACCUGGACUGAUAGUAAUGCCAUCAGGGUCCUUAAAUUACCUACAAGCUUACUGCCUGACCAUUUUCAUUCAUCUACUUUUGUCACACCAAUUGGUUGUGAGAAAAAAAUAAUAAUCUAGUUUUGCUUUUAGCUUUAUACUAACAUUUCAGACCAUGUGUGAAAUAUUGGAAGACAUGCCAUACUGUAUGCAAUCUAAAGACUUCAUUCACCUAACACUUCUGUAAAGUAUGAAUUAAUGAAUUAAACAUAUCAAUUGUGUAAUUUUUGUUUGAGAAUAAUUCUAUACACAACAUUGCUGUUUUAUAUAUCUUUAGCUGCUAAUCAUGCAUCUCACGCUUCAAAUUAAAUCGGUCCUAAUAUUCUUUCAAACAAUUGCUUAUAGCUAGAGGGUUUAAAUAUAUUUCCCUGAAGCAAAGUAUCAUGGGUAAUGUUUGGGAUUAAUCAAUAAACUGGAAGACAAUGGAAUUGUGAAAUUUAAGUUUAAAAAAAAGCUGAAAUGGAGGCGAAUAGCUGACUUGGAGGAUAUUUCCAAUACUGGUUUAUUUGGCAGAAAAUAUGCAAUUUUGUUGUCACUUUUCAACAAUUCCUUGUGAUUAGCCUCCACAGUGUAUCAAAUGCAGUGGUAUAAGUAAACAUUACUAGUCUAGCAGGGUUAUUCACUGAAGUGAAAACUCAAAGUGAAUCUCCAAUUUUAGGUCAGUAUACCCAAACAACGGGCAUAAACUAGCGUAGAAUUUUUCCAGUUAAACUAUUUUGACCUUCAGUGUGAAAUUCACUUUGAAUUUAAUCUAUUUAUCACGUUAUUGAAUAACCCUAUAAAAAUGCUAUUCUACUGACUUACGCAACUCGUAAUUGCUGUUUGAUCUGUAAAUUGAAUAAAAG